CUUUGAUUUACGCUGCCAGAUAUACACAGAUACGGGCAGCUUCGGUUCGAAUUAACAAAUGACCGUGUGUUAUAUUGUAGGAAACUCCUGUACUGGUACCGUUAUGCUCACAAAUGGUUAACCUGGGGGUCGGGACUCUCGAGACUAUUUUCCCUCUGUAUGACAUCACUGCUGGACAAAGCGACAAGGAGUGGUUUGUUUCUGUGAGGAGAGAGGAGCGUCCCAAAUCAAUGGAACACAACCACACUCUGAAAAAACCAUCCUUCAGCUUUAUCCGACCUUAUCAAAGUUAGUUGGAGCUUCGGUUUUCGCAGCUUUGCCAGCGCUUUGUUGUUGUGAGAGGACCGAACUACUCCUGAAAAUCUCAUCGCCAGAGCUGGUCAGAGAAAAGACUCACCGCAGUUGGAUGGUUGGUGCUUUUUAAAGUUUCGUCCUCCUAACAUGGUAAGCCCAGAGAAACUCUUGUUUGAAACUUACGGAAAGCUUCUCAUAUGUAGGCUAAUUAGGAAGAUAACUUUUCUUUUCAAAGACGAGCAACAGCUGGCGGGGAGCAGAGGAACCCCGUCAACCCACAAGGGCAGGGGAACUGGUUCACAUAGUUGGCUGUCCUUUCUGGCAACUGUGGUCAUUUUUUUUUUAAAGUUUUAAAGCAACACGGAGGCCUGCUUUAGCUUUACAGUAUACUGUUUCUUAUACUACGCUAGUGCUAUUUAUGAAUGAAACAGACUGCGCCCCCAGUUGACGAACAGUGAACACUGCAGCAGUGCAUUUAAUUAAGUAACGGCAACUUCCAUAACUCACACUGUAGGAGUGAUGCCUUCACGUUUACCGGAACAUUUCGUAAAUUAUCCUGAGUGUUUCAAAUGUGUCAGUCUUUUUAUGGCUUAUAAAGCGUGUUCACAACUAUGUAGGUCUAUAUACACAUCAGUAAAAUAGCUAUGAAUUUUUCUUAAAAAAAAGAGCUGUAUCAUAAUGUGGAAAGUUGUCCCCCUUCUCUUUACUUUACUUGGAGGUGGAGGGGUCAUUGUACCUUUUAUUCUGCCAAGUUAUUUAAAUUUUUACCAGGUAGAGAAAGUUGCAAGAGGUCACAGGCAAAUAAGCCUAUGCCAGAGCUAUAUACACUUCAAUAAGGAUGUUUCUCAGCCAUAUGGUUUCCUUAUCACAUGCAGGCGCAGCUGUGCUCUGCCUGGCAGGUACAGCUUCCUGUGGGAUGCAGGAGGGUACAGUAUUUUCCAAUCUGACAAUAUGUGUAGGAAAUGAUUAGUGACAGCAGAGGGAUAAUGAUGUCUAACACGUCCUAUCUGGGAUGUUGCUGCAGUUUGUGACCAUAGGUAGUUUCAAGUAUCAUUCAUCGCCUUCAUUAUUGCACAUACUGUAUGUGCUUAUAUGUCACACUGCUGUAAGAUAAAGGUUACAAUAAAUUGGCUUCUGUUUACAGGAGCCGGAGAUUGCAGUGAACACCUCACUGUGUAUAGAUCAUUCGCACUUUUCUGAUCAUUUAUAUCGCAUAGUCCCUGCCUCACAUACUCAGUAUUAUUGUACACAUAUAGUUGGAUUCUUAUUCACGUGUAUGUACAGUGCCGGAGCUGAAGAAGUUAUGAAGGGCAUUGAUAAAGUUGGCAUAUUUCUCUAAGUUUGAUGAACUUCUGUCUACUCUGACAAAGUACUUAAUGAUUUUACUUAACUUCUCUGGGCAGCAUUGAUCUGCAUGAGGUGAAUUCAGUAGUCCCUUUGGCUUGCAGAAAUUCUUGUCAAGGGAUUAAUAGGUCCCAGUGGCUUGAGGGGUGGCUAAACGGUACCAAUCAUAUGCCAAUAACACAUCGACCAUCAAAGGUCAGGCACAGCCACUAUAGAUUUUCAGAGUGGCCUUAUCACCCAGGAGAGAAGUGUUCUCAUAGAUGGUCUUCUUGACAGCUGUGUGAGAAACCCUGUCAUGAAUCUCUUGGGUGAAAACUGCAAUUAUUGCUAUUAAAAAAGAGAGAAAAAUUACGAUUUUUGCUUGACAAAUUUAGAAUCUCGUCUUCCUCUUGAACUCAGUUAGAAACAAACCAAACCUUGUUGAAGAAACAAAUACUGGUGAUCGCAGCUAAACCCAAUCCCUGAAAGACAUCCUUCAUAUUUAGACUGUCAUAGUCAGCAAUUGUUUCUUAUCUCUAUAGUGUGCCUCAUUUUAUGGAGCAUCCUUGUUAUUUAACUUUAAGAACAGUUUUGAAAUGUGACUGAAGCUGUUGAGGGCUUAUACAUAAGUGACACAAUGAUGGAUUACACAGCUCCAUUUAAAUCCAAGCCUCUAAAGUUAAACUGUCUUGUACGAUUCCUAAGUAUAGACUCAGUGUCAUGGCUUUUUUGCUUACACUGAAUUGUUAAAGCUGACUUGUAAAAUUAGAGGAAGAAAACAAUAUUUCCAUGCUGGCAUUUACUCAGCUGCUUGAGUCAUUCAGUAAAAAAAAAAAAAAAAACCUUUGAUGAGUUCCUGGUGUCGGCACACCACAGGCACACUCAGACUGCGGUUUUGGUGUGUUGGCAUAUUCUAGCUCUCUUACUUACAGAAAUCUUGCUUUUGGAUGUCAGUGAUAUUAGUCCGGUCUGAAUGUUGAAUGUUAAAUCAAUGUUUUGACUCUGUGUGCAGUGAAUAGUUAAUAAUCUCUGGCUUUCACAGGUAAAUAUACGGAUAGAGUUGUUUGAAUGCUUUGAUUUGGUCACUGGGAAGAUAAUUCUGAAAGUCUAGAGUGGACAGUAUGUGGUAACUCUGGGGAAACUUUGUGAUGAGGUUACACUCCUGCUGAAGUCAUAAGUAAGGCUCCAUGGAAAAGAUUUGGUUUAGCCAUUAGGCGGAGCUACGAAUGACAGUGAUGUUUUCACUCAAACUCGUGCAUCACUGUUAUGUAUUAGCUUCUUACCCAAACUUAAAUAUGUUUCACAUGUCCUAAAAAAACAAGAGCAAAACCAGAAUUUUGUUGGUAGACUUUUAGUUGUAGAUCUGGCAGACAUUUAACCGUUCAUGUAAACAUGUGGUUUCACUUCAGCCAACCGGUGGGAAGAUUUAGCACCCAGCCACACGUUGAAAUUAAGUCUAUCAUGGGCUGUAGCUACUGUGAAUGCUGGUCAAGUGGAAGACUGAUACAAUUAAAUGCCUUUACCCCCUGAUUUAAGUACAGUAGUGACAAAGGUGAAUUACAAAAGACACACACAUUGUAUUAAAGGGAAGCUGUGCGUUUACGAUGUGCUCAUGAUAUCUAAAUCCAGAAAACAAACAGACAAAACAAGCCUUAGAUAUACAACACAUAUACACAAUUGCAGACAUCAGGAAAAUAAAAGUGCUGAAGUGUCUGUUAUACCGGUAAACCCCUUCAAGUCUGUUGUUCAGAUUUCAGUGGAUUUUAAUUUGUGCAUGUUGUGGAGUGUGUUACAAACUGAAAAUAUUAGGGAUUAGGGCUGGGCGAUACACUGAAAAAUUUACUGAUGCCAACAUUUACGACAAUAGCCAACAUCAUUUUGCUCAUGUCGGUAUAUUCUGUGUCAAAAAAAUAAAAAAAUCAAAGUUGGUUAGGAUGUGUGUAGGUAGGCUAUGGUCUCAUGUCCCUUUUAAGAUACAUGACUCAACUCCAUCCAGUCCGUAACAAAGAGGGAAAGACAGGUGAGGAGAUGGAGGACGGUUCAAAAGUUGAAGCAGCUGGAGAAGCAGCUGAAGUGGACAAAGUUAAUGUGCAAGAAAAGUGUGUUGAUUUCAUUGUCAGCCAAAACAAGUCUGAAAGUAUUGGCCUCUGGUUUUGUCUGCAGAAAUCCAAUAUCCUCCAUCCCUUAAAACAAUAUACUGUUUGUCUCAAUAGUAAAUGUGGCUUGACUGUCCUAUCUUUCCUCAGCUGAGACUAACCAGCACAAGGAUUAACAGUUGAUUUGUUGCUGACAUAUUUUCCUGGCUUAUUGUUUAUACCAUUUUAGCUUUUAGGGUUUUGUGAACACUCAUUGAUUUUACUUCACACUUCUCAAUGAGGACACCCUUAAGAAAGUUACUUAUUGCAUCAAAGCAUUCCUAUCAACACCAAAUGUGUGUCUGUGUGAUUGGUGACCCUUUAGAGGAUAAAGGAGCAGGACUUAGAGGACUUAUUUAUUAUUAUUAUAACCUUUAUUUAACCAGGUUAGUCCCAUUGACUUUUGGCAGAAAGUGUAACUUUUAGCCAACUAUGCAGACUCUGUUUGAAGUUGAAUAUCUUUGGAAAGGCAUCAUACAUCACCUCCAAAUUUGAGAAAUUGCUCCAAAAACUGGUCCUUUUUCACUACUUUCUUUGAGUUCACAUACUUUUUUUAAGACAUCAGACUUAUUUGCUACAAAAGUAAUGUUUUAUUGCAGCCUUAUCUAUUUUCCUCCUAAAAUUACUUGCCAACAGAAUAUUUUCAACAUUCAAUUCAAAACUGAAUAAUCUGUCAUGACCAUGUUCAUCCGACUUUCAAGGCAGAAACGUGUGUGCAUCCAUAGUGUGGAAAGGAAAGAGGAGUAGGAAUAUGAGAGGACAGGAGGGUGUGAGUAGAAGGAGCAGCGAGGAGGCAGAUCCCUGUGACUCUUCAUCUCUGUGCUAAAUAAUAGUGUCAUUUAAAAACAGUGAGAAACCAAGUUAGUCUCAGAUUUAACCCAGUUAAAGACUGCUGGUAGAUUUUUUGCUCAAGGGUGUGUCUUAAAACUCCAUGUUGUUGCACAUUCAAUUGUCUUGAGUCAUUUUGCACCAGACACAACAGCAGACAGAUACUUGCACAAAAGUAAAAGGAAAGCCAGCAUGACACUCCACAGUAUUGUCAGACAAAACAGCUCCACAAAGUAACACUUAUAAACCCACUGUUGAUGACGAAUGUUUCAAAUGCAGAGCCAGUCUGUUCCUGUCUCUUGCUUUUUCCUUCCUUUAUAAAUUUUUAUCCACGGUUUUUGCACGUAACGGACACUGCUUAGUCAUGUAAGCUCUGCUUCACAUUCACUUACCUUGAAAUGUUCCUAAGCACCAUGAGUCAAUGUCAGACAUGUACGCUAAUCCACAGAAUAUGUAUGUCCCCUUCAGUUAGAUUCAGGAUUUUUUUUAUUUGCAGGUUUAUUUCUGCAGAAUAAUAUCCAAAGUGUACCACUGUGUCAGGUAAUGGUUUCUUUUAGCUCUUUGAGAAGCUUUUGGCUCACCUGAUACAGGACAGUACACUUUCAUCAGCUAAAAACUUGAGGAGUUUUAGUUUUAUAAUGUCUUUAAAAGCACAGUGUGGCAUACAUUGAGAUUACCAUCACAGGUGUUGUAUUUUUCCAAUGUGGCAUGCAGCAGGCAAACCAGACCCCUCAUGUAACAGUAAAUUACUUCAAGGUAACUCUUGAACAAAGGCAUCAGAAGAGUGAGAAAAAGCUCACCCCCAGCUUGAUGUAAAAUACGAAUACAAAUAGUUUCUCUCUCAACAAAUACAGAUGGAGAAAGUGACCUCUAUCUGAGAUAUACACCUCAUAAAUUUUUCAUGCUGAGUCGAGUGCGAGUAGACGGGGAGGGGAUAGUUUUGUCCGUCUUUACUCACUCUUAAAGUAGUGUUUUCCCUCUGGAUAGCAGAGAGAAUGACUUGGCUGUUUCCUGUCAACUUUGGAAGUCCCCAUUUGUCAUCACAGCUGCACUCUGUCCGAAAGAGAAAAGCCUUCAGCAGGCCAGACACAAAGACCUAAAUAGUCCCCGUCACAUGCCCUUUCAGAUGAGUUUAUGUAUCACAUAAAAUAAUUGUGGACUUCUGAAUAGCCUUUACUUAUCAAAGUAUGUUGGGUUGUUUUGUUGUCACAUGAGGGAUUUUGUUUUACCUCUGCUGCUCUAUAGCUGCUUUUUCUUAUCGUGCUGAGAACCACACGGAUUAUCAGUGCUGAAUGUUUAGAUAGGCUUGCUUUUUCCACAUGUAUCUUCCUGUUUUUAUGUAGUUGUAUAAUCAACCACAAGAUUGCUUUAUGAUGUAUUGUCUGAUAUCUGUUGCUGUGCCCUAUAUACCUAAUGUGUUGGUUUCAGUUAGACCUGACCUUGCCCUCUUUCCUGUUAUACCAACUAUUAACCACACAGAUUAUCAAUUCCACAUGUCUUGAUAGACUUUUUUUUCACUACAUGUAUCUUCCUGUUUUUAUAAGGUGUUAGUUUUGGUUAUACCCGACCUUGCCUUCUUUCCUGUUACGUGCACACACUCACUGAGCCUGCCUCGGUGAGAUGUGGUAACUCAGACUUUGAACACACUUUCUGUUGCUGUUUCUCCAUUUUAUAAUAAAACAUACAAAGACAGCUGAUUGACUUGAGAUCCUUUUUUAAUUCUUACUAUAAAACAAGAAAUCUCCAAAACACACCCACCUCAGAGUAGAGACAGGCUAAAACAAAGAUGCAAAAGACGCCCUCUUUUUCUUUUACCCUCUUUUAUCGUUCGUGUUUGUGUUCCUUCCUUCACCUCCUCCUCACUUGUCUGUUUUCUCCUGCCUGCAGCGCUGUGUCUGAAGAAGUUGACCUGCAGUUUGAAUCCAGCCUGGAAGACCAUGCUGUCCCUCCUGCUGUCUGCCAUGCUGGCUGUCCAAGCUAUGGGUGGGUUUUCGUGCUUUGCUGUGCCCUGCCAUUAGAUCGGAGUCAUCGCUGUGGGAAAUACCACAUUCUGCUUAACAACACACCCUGCAGGGCCUAUUAGUCUUCCCCCUUCAAAGGCUUCAGUGGGCAAAACAACAGUUCAAAUGAGGCAACUCCCCAAAAUAAUGUGCCAGUAGUUGGAAAGUUAUAAACCCUCCCUCUUUAAACUCUCAUCUAUCUAUAAGACAGAGAACAUGUUCUUAUUUAUACAGACACUCUGCCUCAGGGAGCAAAAAGACAUUUUUCACCAUAAUUCCUUUAAGAUGAGUUUUUACGGGGUUACAGCUCUAUGAUAUGGGAGGGUGUCUUUUUAUAUUUUGCUCUUAAUUCUGCUUGUAAAACAGAAUAGCUUCCGCCUCUCUCAGACAGGUGGAGGAGUAGAGCCGGGGGCUAGGGUGAGGCCUCAGAUAAAAAGUGCCAGAGGUGCAGUUUUUUGUUUUUUUUCCUGCUGUGACUCAGGGAGUGUGGUGUAGAAGUCAUCCUCUUAUAUUUAUAUCUUCGGGAAGACAAGUUGUGGUUGAUGUUGCAACUGAGGAUUCAUAAGUCACGCACUCAAAAGUUUCACUUCAGUAGAAAUGGUGCUCCAAGAAAAACAUAUGUCAUCAUAAAAAAGAGACAAAUAGCCUGCGCUGGAUUGAUAACACGGAAAACUGUGAAUUAAAAAGGGGGAAUUGAGCAGACAGAAAGGGGUCAACACGGCUUACACUUCAAAACACAGCCUUUUCUUCGGUUGGUUUGUUGCUUUCAUGUACUUUGAAUUAAAAUAUCUCAGUGGAUUGUCUUCUUUAAUAAUAAUGUAUAGCCUGGAGAAGAAGGAGGACAGCAGCUCUGAACCCUUAAAAAGGUUUAGUCCAUGUGCCGUUAAAUUGGCAGAGUUCACAAAGAACUUUUAUUGUCCAAAACACCAUCAUUUAAAAAGAGCUAUUUUUUGCCUUUUGCUCACUGGUUGAGCUGACACAACCUCCUAUCGGCCAUCAGUGGCACAUUUCAAUCUUGACUCAGUGGACCUAAGUGUCUUCUGUGGUUCAUUAGGGACCUAUUCUCUCCCAGCACAAAUGGGCCCGCAGCCGUCUCAUUACUGGCUGCGUGGCAUCCACAGCCUGCCUCGCUUCUCUCACCAGGAGGGAAGAGGAGGAGGAGGAGGAGGAGGAGGAGGUGUCGGGGACUGAUGGAGCCCUUUAACUCACGGGUAAUGGGCUAUUGUAGCUCACACAAUGAUUCAGUUUCUCCCUGCUAACUGGAUCUCUAAGUGAAUUAGCUGGAGCCUAGUUUGAUGCUAUUGUCUGCACAUGUAACAUGAAACAAAACACAGUGUGCCUUGUGGAUUUAAUUUAGUGUAAUGCAAGAAACUCCCACUGUGCUGCCAGCUUCAAAGACGGUUUCAGGUGCUUUUCACAGUCACACAGAUGAAAGUUUACCGUUUCUUCUCUUUUAAUUCAUACAUAAACUUCAAUGAGAUGUAGUUAAAAAGAUGUCAGGCUUAUAGAUGGACUCUUUUGUUCACCACCAAGUAAAGGAGGUGGUAAUUAUAACGGUGGUAAUUAUUGAAAUUAAAGGUUAGUAGCACUUGAGAUUUAUUGCGAUUUGUGGUUUCCGUUGGCUACAUUUGCAUUAUCCCCACAGACUAACAAACAACUAGAUGUAAAGUUGCUCAGAUUCAAAAUAAGUAUUUAUAUCACUCUUAGAUACUCCCUAAAAUCAUGUAUCAUUACCACUUAGCAACCCCCUAAAAAUGCGUUCACUCCCUGUAAACAUUGUGUGAUAAUAAGUAACAUAAACAGUGCGGUGUUAGGCAGAGCUAGCCAGAUUUGACUUUUUUAAAUUGCACCAGGAUUGGAAAGACAUCAGUCAAUAUCCAAGUCUGUUUGUCAGAAUUGAUCUUAGGAAGCAAACAGGUCGCAUUAAAACAUCUGUAAUCUCUGUUUACAGAUUCCAGCUCCAAAUGAGUGCAGAGCACAAUGGGCUGUCGUGAAAUCCCAUCCCUAAUUGGGCCUAGUCCGAUGAUGAAUUAUUUAUUGCUAUUGAAGCAAAUAUGCAUGUGUAAGAGCAGCUAACAAUGUGGUCUUGAUUAAAAAUUUAAAUCUUUUUUUCUUGGUUCAUUUUUGUGCUUUUUCUGCCUUUAUUAAGUGAGGACAAGACAGUGGAUAAAGCAGGAAGUGGGAGUGACGUAUAGGAAAGGUGCAGGUGGAUUCGAACCUGGGCUAACUAUAGCCUCUGUUCAUGGAGAGCAUGACUUAACAACCAGGCCAAAUCAGGCCCAGGGUGCAACAAAUCUGUGUGGUGAAAGCCAAUCAACAAUAAGAUUUCUCCACAUCAUACAGGGAUGACCUUAAUUCAACAAACUAGCUAUCAUGAGAACUUUGAACUGCAAGAACACUUUGUUUUGAUUUUGGGGUUGAUAAAGUCAACAGAGGAGCCUCUGUCUGACUUACUACACAUGGAGAGAAUCGAAACUUGUGGCUUUGUGGUAUGAAAAAAAACAAGAAAUCAGAGCAUUUAUGUGGCAUUUCUGUGCAGGCAAAUUUGUCUUAGCCAUUAAACUGAACAGGAUCAGAUCUCAAGUUGCUGAAUGGACUAUAUACAAUCAGCGUAUGGAAAAGGAAGUCUUGGAUGGUAGUAGUUUGUGGCUGGCAGAAUUAUGAAUGGGAUUACAGCCAGCGGGUUUCAUGGCUGUAAGUUUUGUAUUUUUCUGAGCAGCUCUGUGUUAUUGCAUGUCUGCGUUUAGAGGCUCCAGGAUCUCUGUGGUCCCUCGCUGGGAUAACUGGCAGUCGUCUUUCUUGUAUUCAGCCAUGUCACUCCAAUAACUCCACCAAGUGCCUGUCUCAGCAGACAAAAUUACUCUUUGAAUGCUUUGCCAACACUCUCCCUAUCACAGGAAUAGUAUUUUUGGAGGAAACCAUACAAGGACAGAACAUGACAACAUUGUCAUCCCAAGUAGCAACAUUGUCUCUGUAGUUCCCAGCUGAAUCUUGACUCAGGCGUCAGAUGAUGGAUUGUUUGUGGUGAAAACCUCUCCCCGAUGUUACUCAUACAGCGCUGCACAGCUGUUGUGUUGCUGCAGCCGUGAAGAGGCUUGCCCGGUGUUGUAUUGUUCCCAUUAAAUGCACCAUUUAAGAAGCAUAAGUGAAGAAAGUUUGCUACAUCAACAGCGUCUUGCUUUGACCCAUGACUCUGCUGGUUGCUUUUAGUAUCUCAGGUAUAGUUUUAUGGCUCUCAUUAUAGCUCAGAGUUGUUAAAAAUGUCAGCAAAACGUAUUACAUGUCAUUGUAUACCUACAGUAAUGACUGAGCCUUAACUGUAGCUGAGUACAGUAACAUCUUUGGCUCGCUGCAGCGCUGCACACAGCAGUGUCAGCCAGUGGCAGAGCUAACAGGAGACUGUCUAGCUAAUUGCUUGUUGUUGUCAUCCUCUCUGUUCAGUUAGCAAAGCCACUAGGCUGCCAGAGCUCUGUCGUGUGCGGCUCUUAGCUCCCAAACAAUGAAAAGAGAAUUGUAUUCAUACAAACACAAAAAUGGAAAUCUGACCUGGUUUCCCUCUCAGUGAUGGGAGCUGUAAGGUAAUUCAAAUUAAUUACCAUAAUUGGAUAGAUUGCAUCUGUGGUAGUCAUCAGCAGGCACGCAUUAUGGCAAGGCUGCGGAGCGUGAAAACAGCCGGCUCAUGUCUGCGUCUCUCUGGUGUACUUUUUAAAGGUCUGCUAACUAUGAAUGCCCUCUUCCUGUCCUCCUUUUCUCUUCACAGCAAUUGAUUCUGCAGAGAGGGGACACUUUAGCCUGUGCUGAAAUUCAAUUUAGGGUUAUUACCCCAUAUCAGUGAUGUUCUUGCUAAUUUGAUUGCGUCCAGUGAAGUAUCCUUUUAAAAACAAUCGAGGACAGGCUCAACAAAGAUUGGUUUCGCCGCAGUGCAUACAUAAUGACCAGUCUCUGUUGGCUCGCCCGUGUCUCACCGUUUCCCAGCUCCUCUUUUCUCACUGCGCGCUCAUUGAAACCAAGUGCAUUACCCAACAAGCACCUCAUGAUUAUUUCAACAAGUCCUAAAAAUGCUGCCUCGUGGGAAUCGUUAAAAAAUUGAUACGGUUAAUAUGCCGAGAUUGCAGUUCUGGAGGGGAAGAGGGGCCUGGAGCCAUAUGUGAGUCUGCUGUGUGCCUAGUGGGCUGUGAUGAAUGGGUUGAACGGAUGCUGAUCUGUGCUUGGAAAGCAUCACAGAUACGGACUUGCUGAGGAAGCAACCCAGCAGCUGACAGUGGGAAACACCUCUACCUCCAGGGUGUUGCCUCAAUGAAGCGGCAGCGAUGAUGUCAGGCACGGCUGCUCUGUCAUCUGGAGUUGCACAGCUGGCAACAGACUGACCUUUGUUUCACCUCGUAUCAUUCCUGGUGCAUGAAAUCAUGAAUCAGCAAUGCAUAUAUGAACCUAUGAGCCGAAAACUUCAUCUCAUUGGAUAGUAAAGGUAAAACACCUGCGUCACCAGAUGUAUUAAAAAAAAACCCUGAAUGCUUGUCUUUCUAUUACGACCACUGUGUAUGUACACCUUGAUAUAGCCCAAACAUUUGUGGAAAUUAGCUGCAAUCAAGUAAGAUCUGACCCUAUAACCCCCUUACUACCUCAAGAGUAUUCUCUCGUCCUCCACCACACUCCUCUUUUCUCCAUCCCCAGCCUCCUGCUCAUCAAAGGCUCUCUGUCUCUCAGGCUCGUAAGCCACAGGCUUGCCCUUAUCUGCCCAGUGUUCCUCAGCCAGCGCUAUUAUCUGACUGCCGGAGCCCAUUAACAGGUUAUUGACGGGAUAUGAGAUGGCACACAUCUAUGAAGGAAGCACAGGCAGGGGGAGCAGAGAUAGGGGGCCAAGAAAGCAAAAAAAGAGAUUAAAAAAAAGCACAACUGUGAGUCUUAUCUUGAUUCAUGUCACUGCUAAAAAUAAACAAGUCAGAAUCGUCGUCUUUCCUAUCUGCCAUCACCGGUAUCUCUGCCCGAGUGAGGGUACUCACCGUCCAUGAAGAGUUCCCGAAGCAAAAAGGAGAGAUUAUUCUUCGAGCUUAAUGUUAAAAGUGACCCCUUAUCGACACAUAAAGCUUUAAGUGUCACUUAAUCUUAUUUAUAUCCUGCUAUUUUUACUGAAGGGUCAUCUGAAGAAAAACACAGCUAACGGCUCAGGCAAUUUCUCUGGCUAAUUAAUCAAAAAUAAGUCACGCAUACGCACAUAUACCCAUUAUUCCCUUAUUUUUUUUCCAGAUUCUCCUUUUUUUUCAAAUCAUAGUAUUAUAGACGUGUACAUCUGUUCCCGACAGCAUGAAAUCAAAAGCUGGCUUUCCCCUCAGACUUUUACAGGGAUUGGAUGUAUCAUAAGAAUGGUCGGUAUGAAAGGGCCCACAGAUCCUUUAAAGUAAAACCCUUUGAUGUUCAUGUGGUGCAAAACAUCCAGAAUGAGAAUGGGUUGAGCUGCAAUUACAUUCACGGACAGAGGGGGGCAGUGUUGUAAAAGCCUAUUCCUCUGGCUUUUUUUGGCCCGGCUGAACCCUGCUGUCAUUGCAGUCUGUUAUUAUUGCACCUGUUUACUUUGCUGUGUCAAUAUUGCCCCCUUCUGUCCCUGGCGUAUGAAUUUGCUCAUGUAUGAACCAUGCUUACGCAGGGUUUCAUACAUGUCCUUUAUACACGUGUACCUGCUGUGUUUUGAAGUGUCACUGUUAUGUUCUCUGAGUGCAUACACUUUGAGUUUUUAUUUUUUCCUCUUACUGCUUUGUCAACUUGAAGUGAAGUUGUCCAGGUUAUUGAGUCAGAAGAGCGUUGAUUUGUGAUCGAAUUGUGAUACAGUGUGUUUCAGCAUGUGUGCAGGGCUUUAGCUUGUAAACUAGAUUUGAUGUCUGAGACUUGUGAAAAUAUUCCUGUCAGAUAGCUGUAGAAAUUACUCCAGAAAUUGAAAAAUGAAGCUUGCUCACCUAUUGUUUGACCUGUGUGUUUGUGUAUUUUGUGUAUGAGGGGCCCAGACACCCGCUGUGUGCUGGCCCUAUGUACUCCUGUGUGUUUGUGUAUGUGGCUGUCGCUGGUCCAUGCUGAUAGGAACCUCUUGCUCCAGAGCAGCUUUGUAACAGUGUCUCCAUUGUAGUGUCUCGUGUCCAAUUCCUCAGACAGUGUGCUGCUGUGGAGCUGUCAGGAGUCACACAGGUGUAGAAUAUCAAUGUGUUCUCUGGCCUUUGAGUGUGGGUUUCUGCAUUAAACUGUUUUGGGAGGAUAUGGAUAGAUGUUAACAAGUAAAUAUUAUUACUGUAUGAGCGAUGGUGUCUCUGGUAUGGCUGAUAAUUAACAUCAAAGCCACUAAAAUGUAGAAAUGUACCUGUUUUUCACAUCACUUAGGAGAUCGAUUGUGAUACAUAUAUUCAGCGUUUAGAUCAGCCUCUUCUUCUACAAAGCAUUUUUCUCUAAAUCUCAUUCUCUCCUUUUUUAAGUCAAUAAACAACAGCAGUAAUGAAAUAACUGGCAUCUAAAAACUGGAUGCGCACUCGUACAGAACCGAUAGUUCUGGCAUCAGCAUGAUUACUUUUUUUGAAGUGUAAACUAUUUUUGUCCUCGGAGGCAUAAGCUGAUGGAAUUUUGCUAUGAUCAACAGUUAGACACAACUCACUACCUCUGAAACAUGCUGUUAGUCUGACUGGGCUCAUGUCUAUGGAUAUAAAUUAAGGAUGAUCAAAAGAAUCUGCAGCUCUGCUAUUUCACAGCUUUUUUGAGAUCAAACUUUUACAGUUAAUUGUGAAGCAACUUCAUUUUCAGGUGGCCUGUGCUGGUUCAGUAUUGCUCGUUUCAAGUUAACUAGACACUACUUAGGCACAAUUUUAUCCUAAUUUUUUAAUGAAAUAACCAGAUUUAAAAUAUCAUCUGUUUUAGUAGUAGGGGUGGGAAAAAAAUCGAUAGAGCAUAGUAUCGCAAUAUUUUGUCUGGUGAUAUAUCCUAUCGUCUUAUUUACCAAGUAUUGAUUUUUCAAAUUAAUUGCUAAUGAGGUAAAAUCUAUGAUUGUGGAAAAAUAAGCACAACUGUUUGUCCAGUGGGGUUGGCAGAGGUAACAUCAUAUAGCAGGAGAAAGUUAGUACAACAAAUAUAUAUAAGGUUUGCAAGAUGUGCUACAUGAAAAUAAAAUACAAAACAUAAAGGAAAGCCCAAUGCUAAAUGAAGUUAAAUAGUCAAAAAAAUUGUAUAAAUCGCAAUAAAUUGUUUUGCGAUACUCACUGUAUUGCAAAAUGUUAAAAAUCGCAAUAAUAUCGUACCAUGGCCCAAGUAUCGUGAUAAUAUCGUAUCGUGGGGCCACUCAUGAUUCCCUCCCCUAAUUAGCAGAGUCUUUAGCAUCAUAGAAAUUGCCAUUUACCGGAGCUACAGCCAUGUAAGUGGGCCCACUUAUUAGUUGUUUAGGCAACCAGUAAUUCUGAAAACGUGUUAUUAUCACAAGUGUACGUCCUGAGCCAAAACAAGCCUGAGUAUACCAAGUUACAUUCAGUAAAACUGUCCAACAGAGAGCCCUUAUACCUUUUCAUUAAUUUUCUUUUACUUAAUUUGUUGUUUUUGUCCUUUUACAUUAUUUUAAAUCUCACAAUGAGGAAAUGUGAGACAAAUUUGUGAUGCUGCAAGUCAUUAUACUUCUGAGCUAUCAGCAAUGCGAUGCUAGUAAGUCUCUCUCUUACAUUAUCUCCAGUUCUGUGUAUGACUGUGCUUAUCUGAAACAACAGAGGCAUGCACAUACUAAGGUUGGCCAUUUGGUGACUCAGUUUUAGGAGCUGCAGGAUAAGAAGUUUAAGUAAUUUUGUCAGAUGCAAGUAAAUUAGCGACGCUUUGUGCUCAAGCUGCUAUGCAACACAUUUGCCUGUGAGCAGAGCAGAUUUUUAUGUGAGUGACAGAGUAAAAAUGAGAGAAGAACAAGUUCGUGGCCUCGAGUCUUUUUUACUCAUUGACCAGUGUGGCAUUGUCAUUACUUUGAUUGAUCAUCUUUUAGACUGAAAAUUCAGAUUUUUCUUGUCCUUUCUUGCUAUCAUGUUUAAUACCAGGGUAUUGUGCUGAAAUCUUUUUUUAAUAAUUCUCUACGUUCUUGUAUUUGUCUUUUGUACCUGUUAAAUUCUGCUCAUCCUUUUUUAAGUUCAAACUAAACCCCUCUACCAUGUUUGUGGAGGGUUACCUUUAUUUGAUAUGAUGGCUAAUGCGAGGUAGGGGAGGGUCGGGGGAAGGGAGCGGGGGUAGACAUGCAGCAGAAGGUCAUGGCCAGGAGUCAGAGCAGCAGCUGCUGCAACAAACCUCCCUGUUCAUACAAAGGGUGUGUGUUUAAAUUCUGAGCGUAACCAGCCCCUCAUAGUGUUUAACUUUUUAAAGAAAUAUUAAAACACUGAUGCAAAACUACAUACACUUUAAGAACAUAUAAACCACAGUAAAUCACAGGCUCAGGAGCAUCCACGUCGUAAAAGUCUGAAUUCAUCAACAUGCAUAUGAAAAAUGAUUUUAUAUGAACUGGGGAGACUUUCUCAGUUACCAUGAAUACCAAGGUGUGAUGUGUAAUAGAUGAAGCUCAGAGCUAGCUACCUGCUGCUCUCAGAGUUUUUGAGCCAAUGUAGAGUUGAAAAGAAAGGAUUUAUGACCAGAGCAGGUAUUAUGUAAAACAUGAACAGGAGAUUAAGUCAUACUUGGACUCCACUUCAUGUAUUGUAAUACUGAACAGACUAAUCCUACAUGAUGUGUUUUUCUCAUAUCAGUGUUUUUGACCAAAUUUAGUUGUUCACCUUUUUUCAUUCUUGAAAUCAGUAUUUACAAAAAUCCUGCUGUAGUGUUUAAAAGAAAACUCAAAGUCUUUCAAACAAUAGCAAGGCCCCUUAUCAGUGCUUUUCUCAGCUUUUUUAGAUUGAAUAAUUGCUCAAAUUUGUCAUCAAAAUCAUGCUGAGUGUAGUCACCAAUGAAUAACCAGAGAGAGUUGAUUAGUUUCAUAAAUGCCCCUGGUCCCUGCGAGCCAUGCUGCAGAAGCUCUACCCAGGGCUUGUUUUCAUUUUUUAUAAAGCAAAAUUAAUUAUUGUGUCUUCAGUUUGUGCUUUUCUUUAUGUGGUGCCUGUAAUUAUUUAGUGUCAGUUAACAUUAUGGCAUCCUUGUAACCACGGAUACCGAUUAUCUGGAGUGCACCACAGAUUAUCUAUUGAAAACAGAUUAAUGUGUCUUAAAUAUUUAGCCAAACAUUGAUAGAAUUUCUUUUAUUCAUAGUGUACUUAUUCAAAUCUUACCUAUCUACAUUACACGGAGGACUUGUGAAAGCUAAUAACACCCUUUCAGUUAUCUGACAUGUAUGUGCUCUCUCUCACCUCUCUCUAUAUCUGUCAUUAUGAUUUGAGGUAUCACUGGGUUUUUAUUUACCAGCAGCCUCAUGCGUAACCUUGAAAGCACCUUUCCCAUAAAAGCUAUGAUCAUCCUGUUUACUGUCUGCUUGAAUCCCACGCAUCCACUGUCUCACACCCAGCGCCCAUGCUCUCCUCAUGCGCCCUAGGUAGCAACGUAUCACUCUCCAAAGAAAAGAGUAGAAGCCAAUCCGGCAGCACCCCCAUACUUUGUCCACCUUAAAGAGCAUGGUGGGAGGAGGUGUUGAUAGUUACAAGGUGGUGUUUAGUCUUGAAAGUAGGGUGGAGAGCAGUGUGAAGAUCACUUGCAGCUUUCUCUAGCCAUUCCUUAGCCUCCCUGCUAAGCAGGGCCCAUUGCCAGCCCACUGCUCGCAAAGGCUGUAAUGAGUUUAUUUCAUGUCGGCUGUGAAAGUGCCCGUCUCUGUCUCGCAGGCACUCAAACAGAGCUGAGGCCCAUAAACACAAAGUGCAGUGUGUAAAUCCCCACAGCCUGACGUCUCCUGGCCUGCCCUCUAUGGCUUCUGAGCAUCUCUUUAUCGAGAGAGAGAGAGGGAGAGAGGGAGAGACAGAGAGAGAGGCAAGAUCCCCCACUUACCCUUUGAGAGUACACCACAGCCCGGGCCAUGAAGUGCAGCCUAGCCGCUUGUGUUUGCACCUUUAACCUCUCCCGCUUAUGUUUGUUGCUUUUGAGGAUGCAUGUUUUUCAUGUUGAGAGCAGACCUGAGGAGAGACGAUCAAACAGUCAGCUUCUGUAGCGCAACAUGCUGCUUGUUGUAAACCGCAGCAGAUCAAAAACAGCCAAGUGUGCAGUGAUUCUCUUUGGCUUGUGGUAUUUCACCUCUGACGAAUAGGACAUCAGAUGUGUGCUCUCUAUGACGUCAGCUGGCCCAGCCUGCCCAGUCUGAUCCCCUCUCCUCUAUGCGAUACUAAAUACCCCGCUUGUAUUCUUUUUCAAAGCCCAGGUCAGUGUCUCGACACAAGGUCCCUGUGUAGGAGUAUGUCCUCCAGGGGCCUUUGGAGCUGGUUGUAGGUCACCGGUUUAAGGAACAGUGAGUGAAAGAGGAGGAGCGAGGCAGAGAUGUAGCACGAGAAAGGGGUCUUUCUAUCUCUCUCCUCUCUGACAGGGCUUUGGUCAGUGUUGAGGGAUUAGUGUGCGAGGCUCCGCCACAGCUUCUCUCUUGGCUUGUUUCCAGAUAUUAUCUUUAAGUGUGAGCUCGGCGCCGGCCUCUCCUCUCUGCUCCCCUCCUUCCCGUCCCCCUUCCUGUAUGAACUCAGCGGUGUGAGUCAUCCAGGCUGCUCUGGGAGUGAUUUAAUUGCUCUCUCUCCUCUCCGUCAACAUGCAUGUUUCAGAUAUGGCUGUCACUGACCCUCAAACACCACAAAAAAAUGAAAAAUACAAGAGCUGCUCAUUCAUUAGCACAUCGGUGUGCCCACCUUUAAAGACAACAAAAACAGAUAACAAAAAAAACCGCACAAAAUUUGCCCUUGCCUUUCCCACUCACAGCAGCACAGUAUCACUUCUGCUCCUGCAGUGCUUGGCUAUGAUAACUCUUCUUUAUUGUUUGUGGAGCUGGAGCCCAGCAAAGUGAAUGCGUGCACAAUAUUGGGUGAUAGAAAACCCUCGGAGCACCAAAGGAGCUUUUGUAAUCAUAGUAAAGCAGAAAGACGACUAUUUUCAAUAUAAAGGUCAGAAAAUGGCUGUAUUGAAGACAAGCUUUUGGCAUGGAGGAAUGAAACCUUGACACAUGUCGACUAAUCAGGCAAUUUUGUUUUUCAAGUUUUCAGGCUGGCAGAUCAAUGGGACUUAAAUUCCUACUGAUUGAAUAAUUUUGCUUCAAAAUAAAUUCUCUUAUCCUGCAAGGUCCCAACAUAUUCAUGCAGGAAGAGAACAAUCUGCAUGUUCUGUCCCGGUCGCCUGCACUUGUAAGUCAGAGCAGUAGGUGGCACUGUUCCUACAGAAGAGCAGCUUAUUAGCGGGUGUGUGCUGAGGCUACCUUGGCUGAAUGUGAUUGAAAACAGGCCUGCCUCGACUUUGCAAUGCCCAUCCAUAUAUGAACCCUCGCAGAUGAAAGAGUUGUUUGUUGUUAAUAGGGGAAGUAAUUAUUGCUCCUCUGCUGCCGUCAAAUCUCCUUCACAGCAAAGUGAUUCAACAUUGGCGUUGGCUUUGUGAUAGACAGAGCUCAAAAAGGGGGUGAGGAGGCUAAAAUGCCACUGUGAUUACAACAAUUAAAGAGACUGAGCAUAAAGCAGAGUGUAUUGCUCCAGGGGCCGACCGGCUUUUUUCUCCCCCCCUGUGAUGCUGAUGAGUGUCUCAGAGUUGUAUAAGCGCAGACGAGGAUCAAUGAAGAAUGCUGACUACCAUGGAUGUACUCUGGACGGCCUGUGAUGCCUGCUAAUCCACAAUGAUUAUGCAGUGCACUGUUUGCUCUCGGCCUAGUCUAGACAAACAAUAUGUACACACACAAGCACACACACACAUUUAUAUGCACAGGUGCACAGAAAACAUCAGCAGUGUUUGAUUAAAAGUGUUUGAUAAGAAGCAGAGUCACUUUUCUUUUCCUCAAAAACACACACCCAAGAGUUUUGCCACAGUUGUAUCCCAUCGUCUUCCAACAGCCUUUUUUUAUUUUAAGAUUUCACUAACGAUUUAACCAAAGCUAUACAGAUGUUGUUUCUUCCAUGGUAGAGUUUUCGCUCACUGAGCUAUCGCCAGGAGGCAAAGCCUAUAGGAACACAAACAAAGUCCUAUUACUUACCUCCAGAUCCCUCCUCUUCCCUCCCCAUGCCUUCAUCCUGCCUCACCCGCUCCGUGCUACCAAGCUGCACAAGCAGAGUGGAUGUUUCUGAAGCAGUCGCAGCAUAUAUCUCAAAAAUGCUGCAUUGAUUUUUUUUUUUCAAAGAUAUUCAAAUUCGAGUAGGUGUCAGACUGCCACAUUUGAACACAGCACUCGGAAUUAAUUCUGUGAUUCAGUGAAUACUGUAUGUUUAUACUAGACCUGGGCCAAGUAGUAUUACUCAUACUCUUUAUUUGCUAUUUUAGACUACUUGGGUUACAAAUAGGGGGGUGGUGUCUGGCAUGUAAGGGGACACAGAGAAAGCUUUGAAGAUGAGAUGAUGGCAAGAUGAUGAUAUGUAUUUCCUAUAUUUCUGUGAGUUUGGCUGCUUACCUGACAUCUUCUAAUGUAAGGUUAAACAGUAUAUAAUCACACACGAGUAGUUUUUCUCAGAAUUUUGUUAAAGUCCCACUUCGAUUUUUUUUUUUUUUUUACAACUUGAAGUGUUCUCAGUGGUCUUUAAACUGUGAUUAUGAAGUUUUGCCAAAAAUCUCACUACCUGUGUCAUUUUCAAGGGCUUUUCUUCUGCAGAGCCACAGUAGCUCAUUAGCAAUUCACCUCUGAGUCGUGAAUGGAGACAGCGCUGCUCUACACACUCGUCUUCACGUUAGCUUGCAGCCUAACAUUGCCGGUGUAGUAGAAGUGGCAGGUAACAUGGGAGCUAAUCAGCUCUCGGACACUAAUGUCUUGAGGGACAUGAUGACAGUUAAUAUCAUAAUUAGCUUUCUUACGAGCAUUGAAAUCGCAAUCGUCCUCUGUAUUUGUCCUUUAUACCCAGAGUCUGGCCUGCAUAGUGGGGCUCCGGGGGCAGAUCUUGGAUUGGUUACGUAUGAAAUCUCAUUGUUUCUAAACCUGCCGUUUGGGUCAAGAAGCAAUUUCGCAUUUAGUUCUCUCAUGAUAUGUCCUGUAGCAUCAGAAAAAUGCCAUAUUAACGUAUGAAAGACAAGAAAAACAUGAUUUUCAUCCAAGUGGGUCUUUAAAGUUACAUCACUUACAUGCUAUUCUGUCUCUUUUCUAGCUAUGAUGGAAGUGUACGUCCCAGAGCAGCCAGUGGUGGCGCUAUAUGGCAGGGACGCCAUCCUCAACUGCUCCUUCACCCCCACCGGCCCCUUCAACAUGUCUGAUCUGAGCAUCUUCUGGCAGCUGACAGACACCAAACGCACGGUGCACGGGUACUGGAAGGGACAUGACCAGCUGGCAGACCAGGCAGAGAGGUUCGCCAACCGUACCAGCCUGUUCCCUGCCCAGCUGGGCCUGGGCAACACUUCACUCCUGCUGAGCAGGGUGGUGGUGGCUGACGAAGGCAGCUAUACCUGCUUCGUCAGGGUGCAGGACUACGGCAGUGCUGCUCUGCUGCUGCAGGUGGCUGGUGAGUCAAGCUGUGACAUCCUUGAUACAUGUAGAAAUAAACAGAUGAACACACACAUGGACACUUGUCAUGAUCAGUGGCAGGCAGCAAACAGAUUCAUACUUACAUGAAGAGAGCUCUGCCAGUGACAGGACUGCAGAUUUGGCUAUCCACCCUAUAAACAGCUCAUUUCGUCUGUUUCGUUGCUUUUUCUGUGUGAAAUGUGCUGUGAAUUUUCUGUUUAAUAAACCAGCAAAAAACAAUCAUCACUUCAGUUAUCAUUAACAAACAGUAUUGUUUUGCAUGUUAUAAAAUAUAAUCGUUUAUCAGACACAAAAAAUCCCACCGUACUCUUACAAUUUGCCACCAGCCAUUGUCACGUUUGUCCAUCCUUUUUCUAGAAGUUUUGGACAUAUCAAUCAAUGGUAAAAUAUAGAAAAUAGGAAAAGCUGAAAACUGCAUGAACGACAAGUUGUUGACAUGAAUGUGUCUAUUUAUUUGAAUAAUUGUCCUCCUGUGAUCUUGAUAGAGAUACUCAUGCAAUGUAGAUUUUUUGUGCUGACAUGGUAAUAGAGAAGACAUAAGAAAGCAAAUUUUUUAGAUUUGGUUUUAUUUUUUAUUCUUUGUUAAUAACACUCAUGUAUUACGACGGAGUGUUAGGGCCACUUGAAGAAAAAAGAAAAUUAGACUUCGGGAUUAAAGCCAUUAAUUUACGAGAAUAAAGUCAUUUCUCACGAGAAUAAAGUCGUACUAAAAUCAUUACUUACAAGAAUAAAGUAAUAAAAUCGUUAUGAUACUUAUGAUAAUGUGGUGCUGAUGUGCCAAAAGAUUAUGUAUCUCCUUGUUUGUGAAACCUACACUGAAGUACAUAUUUACGAAAUGCUCCAUACCUCUCAUUUCAACUACUGUCAUUUUAAACAGCAGGUUAGAAUGUAAGGAUUUUAUUCUGAGUGAUUACUUUACAACGACUUCAUUCUCGUAAUGAUUUGGUUACAACUUUAUUCUCAUAAAUUAAUGACUUUAAUCUCGAAGUCUUACUUUUUUUUUCUUUAUGUGGCCCUAAUACUCUGUCAUACAUGUAUAUAUCAUUUUUUAUUUUAUUUUAUUUUUUUUUACAUCUUUUAAACUCCUAAGUUUCUUCAUUCUUUAAUUUCUCUUUUGUAUUUCUCGCUCCUGUAAAUUUGGGAAUUUCCUUUUGGGGGACAUAUAAAGGAAUAUCUUACCUUAUAUUAAGUCUAUUAGAAGCAGACAGAACAAACUUUCCUUACCAAUCAAACUUUGCAUCCUCAUUUGUUAACGCAGGAUCAUAUAUUUUUCUUAAAUGACAUCAUGAUGUUUUUUCUCUUCUCUGUUCUGCCAAAGAAACGACUGGUGCAAUUAUUUUUACUCAUACGGACACCGAGUCACAUGCUCGCACACAGAGAUGAAGCUCUAUUGUGUUUUACUGCCGGGUAAUUACAACAAAACAAAAUAAAUGUUUGUGUCGUAAUUCCUCUUUACACUUUGAAUUGAUUGCGUCCAAAGUGAUUUGACCUCAGCACUUAUUUUUGCCCAUACAUUAAUAGUAUGUAAUAAAAUAUAUUAUACAGUUGCCUAUGAAGAAGAGGAUUUAUGAUAAUUAGUUCUCACAAGACGUAAACAGGUGAUAAACCGUUUUCUCAGGGCUGCUGAGCGGUGUUUUUGGUCAAUAAGCGCUGAUUGUGGUCUCUGUCAUGGUCAAUAUCUGCUGACUUUGAUUAUUAGCUGUUGCUACGGUCAAUCAGCCACCACUAACAUCUUCUCUGCUGUGUGACUAUAUAUCCCCUCUUCACAGCUGAGAGCCUUUAAUUUAUUUAUAAUGACACUGUUUGCCUUUCUCUCCGUCCUUCUCCAUUUCUGUAUCUGUUGUGAGAUUGUUGCUGUACUCUCCAAGGAUGGAUGUGCAUUAGGCGCUGUUAAUGAACAACAGUUUUUUUCUCCUCUCCUGGCUGUGGAGAGGGAAAACAAUGUCUCCAACAGUGACAAAUUGGUGCCAUUUUUCGUAUUAGAUUUAUUGAUGCUCUAUUUUUAGCCAGAAUUUACAGUUAACAUUGUAGACUUCCUUCACGCUGUGCUGGGAGAAAAUGAAAGGAUCCCUCAGAGGAAUUCUCUCUGUCAGUCAAAUGGACAGCUGGGGAAGUUACUGUGUACCACGCUAAAUCCGUCUUUGUGUUCAAAGUCCACUUUUCAGAAAGCAGCCCAGACAAACUUAUUUCAUCUCGCCCUCAGCUCCACCCUAUUGUUUGCUGUGCAAUGAUUGGUUUUGGGAAUACAGCAGCGGCUCUCCCCGUCACCUCUGUACUUGUGUUGUAGCUCAAGGGAUUGGAGAAGCUUGAUUCCAGCUGAGGCUGCGGCUCACCCCUCACCUCCACCCUUCUGCACUCUUUUUCAUGCCACAGGCUGAGUCGUCCCAAAUCUCCGAGCCUGCCACUUUUCUCCCAGGCCUGCCCACCUCCUGCCUCCAGCCUGGCUUGCGCCGUAUUUCCUUUCUGGGAGUGGCUCACUGCUCCAGCUCUCAGGAGAGAGCUGCGUUUGAGUGUUGAGAUGCAGCAUCAGGAUGUGUCACAGAUGCUGUCAGUGUCUGUGGGAUCUUAGGCACUGUGUUAUGCUAAGCUCCCUAAAUAUAAUUAAGAAUUUAAUGGGAAUCAUGUCAAACAGUUCCCAGGGUGACUCUCACUGCAGAGAAUCUAGCCAAAGCUGGUACGUGUCUGCUGCUCCCUUAUCCUCACCCGUCCUUACUCAACCCAUACCUCUUUUUGUCCUCUUUAUCCCUCUUUCCUCCCCUUCCUGUGUGUUCUUGUCUUUUUCAGCCCUCUACUCCAAGCCUGUUGUGACUCUAGAGCCUGAAUCCAACCUGCGACCUGGUGACGAGGUGGCCCUGACUUGUGUGGCCUAUGGUGGCUAUCCAGUGGCUGAUGUGAUUUGGCAGGAUGGCGGUGGGCGCAACCUGACAGACAACAUCACCAAUUCUGUGGUUGCCAAUGAGGAAGGGCUGUUCACCAUUACCAGUGUGCUGAAAGUUUUGCUGGAGCCCAACAGCACAUACAGCUGCCGACUGAUCAACCCACUGCUGGGCGAGGAAGGGUACGCCUCGGUCACAAUCACAGGUGGGUCACUCUCUCUAGUAACAGUCAACACUGAUGUUUCAACUCUGAUCCAAACUAAGCAUGCCGAUAACGACUGUCUUUGCUGUUUUAUCAUCUUAACAGCUCGGGACACAACAAAUUUACAAACAUGGGGGACAAGCAGAUUUGAGUAAUCUUUAAGGGAUAUUCCAGCUUAAAAUAAAGUUAGGGUCAAACACACUGUAACACCCCGUCGAGAGAUGAAUGUUGCCAGCCGCUUGCUUCUCUAGUUAGACCAACUUUAGUAACAACCGCACGAUAGCAAUACACAGCGGUCUGAGGAGCCAUAAACAAACCUCAACCAAAAAGCCACUCUAUAGCCACAAAUAAUGCUCAGAACAGCACCUAACUUCAUCAACAGUACAUAUAGGGUCCCAGCCACAGCACUAGCCACCAAACAUCUUUUUAGCUUUGCCUAAUUUUUUUAGCAAAGAGACUAAAGAAAACUCACCCACACUCUUUUAACAGCCGCUUGUUUGUACAGAGACCUCAGGCCAGUCCAUUGCAGACUGCUGCGGGGUGACGCAGCUCAAGGAAGAACAUUUAUGAUCAUUAAUUUAUCAUUUCCUCAAAGUAAUAAUCACCAUAUUAAUCAUUUUGCACUGCAGACGCGGUAGUUCUUCUGCCUUAGUGUCUCGGUCUUAUUAUGUUUCCAUGAAGACAUGAUCAUAAAUGUUCUUCCUUGAACUGCUGCAGUCGGUGAUGGACUCGUCCAAGGUCUCCCUGCAAACAAGCAGCUGCUGGAAGAGAGUGGGUGAGUUGUGUUUAGUCUCUUUGCUAAAUAAAUCAGGCAAAGUUAAAAAGAUAUUUGGUGGCUAGUGUUAUGGCUGGAACCCUGUAAGUACUGUAGAUGAAGUUAGCUGCUGUUCUGAGCAUUAUUUGUGGCUAUAGAGUGGUGUUUUGGUUGAGGUGUGGGCAUGGCUCCUGAGACCGCUGUGUAUUGCUUCCUGUGGUCAUUACUAAAGUUGGUAUAACUAGAGAAGCAAGCGGUCGGCAACAUGCCGCUCUUGACGGGGUGUCUAACUCGGUGUUACGGUGUGUUUGACCCUAACUUAAUCUCACGCCAGAAUAUCCCUUUAACUCUUUUUUGAAGGUUUAACCGAACAUACAGAAAAUAAACAGCCAACACAAACUCAGACUGAUCUUGUUUUCAGUAAUGCACCCUAAGUUUUUAUUAGACUCGUGUGCUGUCAUGAAUCGAUCUAACAGUCAAUUUUCAACUCAACUUUUCGUCUCUUCCUUGUCUCUCCGUUUCCCUCUAAGAUGAACAGUUAAGCUCCAAUGACAUAAAUGAGAAACAUUAAAAUGUUCAAUUAUGGUUCAAUAAGCUUUACACAUUAUUAAAUUAGAUUAGUCGGUGAUUAUUUCCCUGAGGACAGUCAAAUAGUUUUCCAUCACAGAUUUCAAAAAAGGCAAUACAGUUAUAAUAGAUCGUGCAAGAUGGAGUGAUUGGUUUCCAAGAGGGCUGUCUGCAGGAAGUGUUUGCCAGCCAUGAAGUACAUUGAUAUGUUUGCCUUUCUCUGAUUGUUUGAUGUUAUCUUGUGCGGCGUGUGUGACGGCACCUACAGCAUGUGAUGGGUCUAACGAUCUCCUAAUGCCCCCCCUCCCUCGGCCGUGCUGCUGUACUCUAUGUGUUAAGUGCAAGGAGAGUGCCGUGCAAGGUGGGCCAAGGCUGGUCUCUAAUGGGAGCAGCACUGUGUGAAAUGGCUCAUAAAUAAGUAGAGGUGGCCUCAGCCUGCUCUCUGGGCUGGAGCUGUUGCUGGAGCUCGGGCUGUCGAGGCGGAGGUCGUGGCAGAGGUCAGGGAGUGCUGCUCCAUUGGGCUGGGAAAUGACUGUGCUGUCUGGAAACAGGAUGGCCGAUUGGCAGGGCAGGCUCGCUGGACGACUGAGGGAGGGUGGCCUUUCUAACAGUUUGGUUGGCCUCUUUCAAAAACAGUACAGAUAACCAGUCAGAGGGACCACUGGGGGAGUGGAAAAGUAUUAAACACAUGGUGUGAAUGAAAUAUGGCUGCAAGGUAACCGUGUUAAAGCGGUCUGUGGCUGCUUUUUUCCAUCUGACCUUUGCAGGAUUGAUGCAGUACUUGUGGUUUGGCUGAAAGGGAUAUGAUUGUUUUAUUACAUUUGAUGUCAGUUUAUUUGUCUGCUUUAUUUUCCCUCCGCAAAUGAGAUCCUCGAUUUGAAAAGGUGUUGUAUGAGUCAUUCUGAAUUGGUAAUUGAGAUGGUCAUGCAUUUUUAUGUUUGUCAGGGGAAGCGAGUUAAUGUGAAACAGAGAAAAUAACAUUUCCAAUUUAUUUCUUCUCUUCUCCUCUCAGUUUCUUGGAGUUGAAAACUAUAAAUUUAAUCUAAUUGAAGCCAAACUUUUUAACACUACAAUCUGUUUCCCUGAUGUCAUAGUCUUGACAAACAACAGUCUAAGUGUUGCUGAAGCACAGGUGAGGGAAAACUUUUGUCUGAUUCUCAAACUGUUAAACACGUUUGUUUGUUUUGUGUCUUCAAAAAAAGAGGAAAAAAAAAUCACAUCCUUUUGUUUUUAGUUUGUUGUGUGGUAUUUUGGCAGUGAGUGCAAUAAAUAUAUGCAGCCUCAGGAACGAGGAAUCUUAAGAUUAUAAAAUCGUAUCUCUAGACAAUCCUGUUGAAUUAGCAGCAGCUUCAGCAACACACCUCGAUGUUACGUGAUGGAAAUUUGCCCGUCAAUGCUCAAGAUUCAUUUUGAAUCACAAUUUUUAUUAAAGGAUUGCACAAUGAAAUUCAUGCUGUGGUCCCUUUAUGCUACAGCAUAACAAAAACAACUUUUAUUUAUUGUAGGGUUAGAAGGAUGAUUUGAGGAGUCGCAGAGCCUGAGGAAAGAAGCUCCUCUGUUGUCUGUUGUUAUGCCAGACAGGAGCUGUGUGAACAGGCUGGCAGGUUUUAUAAAAGAAAUAUAGACAAAUACGCUGGCAUAGUGUCAUUUUAUGUUCAGGAACACAUUUCACUUGUGCAAACAAAAGAAACUAUGAGUUCUGACAUUGAACUAAUACAGCCCAGAUCUACCCUCCAUACUGUAAGCCUCCUCUAGACAGUUCUGUUUGAAGGCUGCUGAACCCUUAUGCUGAGUAUUGAGAAGAAAUAUGUGAAACUCCUGAUAUGAAAGUAAGGAUACCUUCCCUCUUGGUUGGUGACAUGAAUAUUAAAUAGAUACGCCUUUAAAAAUGGAGAAAUCCUGCAAAGAUACUAAUACUGGGAGGAUUAAAUUCAAUAUUAAAGUCCCUUUUGAAGCUUUGAUUUUCAUCUGGACUGUAAUGAUUGUACUCUUCCCCAAAUUUCUGAAAAAUAAAGAAAAAGAAAUCAGUGUGAACAGGCGGAGUGAAAUAAAGUACCCAAGAGCGAGACAGACUGAAGAAAGAGGUCUGGCCAAAGAGCAGUGGAAUUAUUGAAGUGUGAUGAAGCAAAGACUGAAAGAGGAGCGGCAAAACAAACCGGGAAAAACUCUUAAUUAAAAAGUGGUGAUCAUGACUUUAAGCAAUCGAGGGCGACAUGAAUAAGAGUCGUUUGUCUGUUGGAUUGCCAGCACAGCUUGACGAUGGCCAAAGUUGUUAGUAAACACAGAGAAGAUUUACAGUAUUUUGUGCUCCGCUAUACAAGAGGGCUUGUUUGAAAUGAAAAUAUAUUUGCAUUUGUUUACCACAGCUGGUGUGUGCUUAACAGCUUCUGUAAUUAAUUUUGACCCGACAGAACUCCUCUGCUGGAGUAGCAGAGUGUGGAGUGUGCGAGCUCGAGUUGAUAUAGCUAACACGCUUGCUUGCUGUAUACACAUACAAAUAUAGCCCCACCGCAAACCACACAGAGGAAGUGAAGAAUCCUAUUAUAAGAAUGGGUGAAAUCUGCUUAAAAUUCUAAAUGGACUUUGAGAGCGAUAAAAACAGAAUAAGAAAUGGAGGAGGAGGAAAGAGGGAGUGGUGGUGGUGGGGGGGUUGAGAGUGAACAAGCAUGCUAAAAUUUCACACUCUCCCCAAUCGCUGAUUGAAAAAUUGCAACAGUAAUACAAAUCUCCCCCAGGCAGAACAGUAGUUUGACAAGGUUAAUUUUGAGAAAAUGAACCCUUUACCCACAGUGAGCAGAACACGAUGUGGGCCAGCAUGAGCUACACUUUGAGAGUCCGUGUUAAGUCAUCCAUGUUAAUCUUACCUCUUUUCUAGUCACCACCAAUUUAGCUACCUCCCCAGAAACAUGAAGACUGUCAAUAACAUAUGCACACGGCGAAUGCGCACGAUUAGCAGGCAUCUCAGAGACGGUUAAACCCUGCAGAGUACUGGUCAGUUUUUUAAGCCUGGCUCUGAAAUAGUGAGUGUUUUUGUGUUGCUGGGAUAUUGAUAGAUUUUGCAGAGUGCAGCAAGGCUUAGUUGGGGAGACCCAGAGGAACAGCUGGUAUUAAUGAACAGUCGAAUGAUGGAAAGGAGCAGCUUCAGUCCUCAAAUGAACCGUGGCUUGUCUUCUUGCCUGGCCAGCUUGCUUGUGUACCAACCCCCUGCCUCCACUCCUCCACCCCCCUACCCCCUCCACCUGUUCUGAUGGCUUACAAUGAAGCUUACUUGCGCUGUCUCACACUCCCAGCCUACAUGACUGCUUUUUACCAGCUAAGAAAGAGAAAUGCCGAUGGAAUUAUGGGGGAUCAAGUGUCUACAUCCUAUCCAUUUUUGGACUUAUCCUCUUUUAAAUGUGCAGCAUUAUCUUUGUGUGCUGUGUACCGGGUUCUUUGUGAAUGCUGCAGUGUGUCAUCUGAUGGCUGGGUUUCAGGGCCAGUCACUGAACACCCCCUCCAGCACCACCCCCACUCCGUCUGCUAGCUCUCCCGAUGAGGAUGGCGCCAUUUCCCCGGCAUCACUCUGCUGGCACAGCAUUUACAGUGAACAGUGUGAGGAUGGAGAUAUAUAGAGCGGGAAAAGGAAGGAGACAGAGAGAUGAGGCCAGGAGAUAGAGAGAGAGAGAGAAGGGGGUAGGAAGACAGAGUGAGGAUGGGGCGAGAAGCGGGUGACGGAAAGCAAGAUGGAGAUGAAAACGUUUGCUGAGCUCAGAGUUGUGGCGGUACAGCCUGACAGUGAGGAGAUGGCCCCGCUGACGGGGAGGGAGAUCACCCCACGUGGCGAAGCAGACUUUUUGCUGAAUUUUACUAUCUAGCUGGCAACAGAUUGGCUCAGUGGUUAGCGCUGUUGCUUCAAAAAAUGAGCAUCCCAGAUUUUCUUCCCAGUCUCAGUCCUGCCUGUGUGGCCUUGGCUUGCUUACGCCUGUUACUGUGGGAUUCCUUCUUACUCUAUUUCUUCCUUUUUUCUUGAUUUCUUAUGACACUCAAAAAUUCUGUUUUAGGGUGAUAUUAAUAUUUUCUUACACAUUUUGUGUCAGGGCAGGAGAAAUACAGCAAUUAUUUAUACAAACUUUAUGUUUCAUUUAGCUGAACAUCUCUGAAAUCAACUUGAUAUCAGGCUUUUACAGGCUCUCUACGCUUAGAUAAGUCAGCCUUGGUUAAAUAUUUGGAGAAAAGGCCCAUUUUUCUGGAGCUACAUAUGUUUCCAAAGAGAGACAACAGAUAAACAACCAACAUUUUUGAUCGCGUUGUCCCAGAUAUCGCUUUUGCUGGAUAAAUCAAUCAAUCAAUCUUUAUUUAUAUCUGUUAAUUCACAACAAAUGUUAUCUCAAGAUGUUUAACAAAAACAGCUGGUUUUUUUUGGACCCCACCCCAUCGUCAUCUGCAUGAGUGUAACACUUAGCAAGUUACAGCGGAAGGUAAAAACUCCCUCUUAACAGGCGGAAACCUUGAGCAGAACCAGACUCAUGUUAGACACUCAUCUGCUGAGACUGCAGUGGAGUUGGGGAGGGGAUAGAGCGAGAUGGAGAAAGAGAGAGAUGGAGAAAGACAAACAACUAAAACAACACCAUAUACAGAUUUAUGCUCACAGAGAUAAUGUGUGUACCACUUACAAGAACAGCAUGAUAACAAUGAAAGACUGAUCUUAGUUUGAUUCAUGGAAAAUUUAAGUCAACAGGUCUACAGUGAUAACAUAGCGGUGAUAGCACUCAUGUUGAUGGAGUUUAGGUAAGUAAUGGGGUUUGAAAUCAGAAUAAUAGAGACAGUUCUACAGCUUACAUUAGCUUUUUAACAGUGAUAAAGAAAUAGUGCUAAGAAACUCUAACACUGAUUAUCACUACACAAGUAUCCUGAAAAAGGAAAGCAGGGAGGUACAGUCUGAAUUAAAAAUGCUGAAAAGACCUUAAACUUUAUUUUUAUCAGGCUGUAAACAUGUUUGAUUCAGCUGUUAAGUUAUCAGACAGUUUGAUGUGAGGAUUAAAUAUACAUUUAAGAUCUUUGAGAGCCAGCUAAAGCAUUAAAAUGGAAACCACAAUCACAGCUGUGUUUUGCACUUGUUUGUUGUUUGUGAAAUCCACAGGGGCAACAUGCUUCGAGUCGGUCUCUUGAAUAUAUCUUCCUCUGCUGUAGCACAUGUUCUGUGCAUCAACAACUCUGUGUCUCCUAGUAUGUCAAAUUGCUUUUUAACCAACUGCGAUGGACUCACACGAAGCCCGCAUUGUUGCUUGUAUAAAUCCUCUAUGGGUCUACGACAAUUGCCCAGCUCAAUCUUCAUGAAAGGCUUUUGUGCUGGUACAAGCAUGGGAUAGGUAUGUCCCAGAGUAUUUGUCUCCCAUGUCUUCUGAACCUCAUUUUGAACAUUUCCUCAGGUUUCUGUCAGAUCUAGUUUCCUUCAGAGCCUUCACUUCCCUCCAGAGAGUCAUUCCCAGGCUGACUUACUCGACUCCUGGUGCAGCAUUUCUUUUGCAUGGCACAUUUCUCCAAGGAGAUUGCUAGUUACUGUAUGAUUGUGAAGCAUGUGCAUGCUAAACCAACCUUCAGUGAGUAAAUCAAGGUUAAAAAACAUCUUUAAUUGCUAUAUAAACAUUGACCUUUAAUGUGGAGAUGGGAGCUCACAAGGGUGCUAAUGGCAGGCGUACUGCGUCAGAGCAUUCAGCUAUUCAUUACUCUUCUUUUUCUUCAUUAGAUGUGUGCAAGCUUGCUUCUUGCCCCUUUUUUCUUCACCAUGUUAUUAUGUCUUCAGAGCUUGAUCCUGACAUUGCAUCGCCAUCUAAAUAGCUACCUGCCACGCUUAGUCGAACCUUAAAGAACUCACCCCCCGCCUCUGAGAAAUACCUUCGUGACUGUUCUCUCUGAAUAUUCUACAUACAGUCCAAAGGAAGUAUACAAGUAUAUAAAAAUAUCAUUUAGCAGUGUGAAGCAUUUUGGUGUCUCAAACUGUAGUAAUAGCAUUGCUUUGUUAUCAUUGCCAGUGGGCCAAACAGAAAAAUACGGUGAUCUGUUUCAAAGAUUUCUCUGCAGAAUAACUGUUUUGGUAAAACUGCGGUAAUUGUUAUUAGAAGUGAAGUAUUAAAAAAAACAUGUCCGCUCCUUCCUCUGGUAUGAUCUCCUUUCAAAAGCUCUGUCAGUCAACUUUAGGGUAAUAUGUUGCUCAAAGUCAUGUUUUUGCUGUAUAUAAAAAAAAAUCCCUGUGCUGUUUCUUGUUCUCUACUGGAGAAGGACUAAUUUAAAUGCAAUUAACAGAGCCUUUGGAGGAGCAGAAAACAGCAGUAUAAAUGAAUCUCUUGUCAGUGGAGCAGCAAGCAGGCAACUUUCCCAACGGAGCACUGUAUUAAUUAGUGUCCAGUGCACAAAUAGGCCUUCUUUCUCUUGCUGAAUACAUGCUCUGUCUUAUCAGGAAGCUGGCCAGGGAAAACAACCAAAUAGACAGAUGAAGUAAUGCAGGCAAUCUUAAAUAAAUUCAGGUAGGCAGCAGUGGCACCAUUGUAAGCACAUUAAUUCCUCUCAGGAUUAUUAACUCAAGCCACUUUCUGCAGACUGUGCUCUCAGAUGUUUAAAUGUCCUCUUCCAGGCCACCAGUAUAAGGAUUUUUAUCCUUGUAUUAUGGCCCAGGAAAUGGUAUUUGUCAUGCUCCCAGUCUCACUGUAAGGGACUCUAAGGGAUUGUUGGUCUGGAUUCAUGUGAGGGCAGUUUCUGGUCCGUGCACUCCUCUUUUAGAGUGGUACAAUCAGAAUGAUAAAACGACUUCCUCCCUUUUGUGUAGGGAUUUAUUCCCCCUUUCUGCCAUCUUGACUUUUAAGCGUUUAAGGUUUAUUGCACUGGUUGGGUGUCAAAAUGCUUUUCUCUGCCACAAUUAAAAGCCACAUUGGUAUUGUAUUUCUUACGAAGCAAUGAUGUCUAAGCUUCUGUUCUAGCACCAGCUGUUGCCAAAAGAAUCCAUCCAAUAUACAAAUUAUUGUGAUUGCAACGUUUCAGAAACAAACAGAAAACAAGAGACUUUUUUAAGAAAAUGUUUAUAUUUAAGUAAUGACAGAUCUAAAGACAGCUUACUGACUGCUAAAAGACAUUUUUUGUCUUAACUAAAAAAGUAAUUUGCUCAUAAAUACACAUUUUAGAUGUAGGGAAUAGGGAAAGUCGUGUAUUGAUUACUGUUUUAUUCCAGUGAACUUCACACUGACAGCCUUAAAAAUCACCUUUAUGGCCAUUGAGUUCGUCCAAGUCUUGUCAAGAUGCUAUCUUUAGGAUUUAAAGACAGACAUUUUUAUAUCAAUACCAGAUAUCUCUGUCUGAACUGUCUUGUGAAGGUGGUUUCCCUGAAAUUACAGCAAAGUGUUCUAUCAAAUCUGGUUUGUUUUAAUUAUCCAUUUAAGAUAGUCUGAUCAAUUAGUGGACAAUGCAUCCUUUCGCUCUCCUUGUACAAAAGCUCAAUCUGUUGUUACUAGAGGAGUCUUCUUGACUUUCAGAUGCUCUACAGAAAGACUACAGGCUGAGAGACGAUCUCUUGUACAUGUCCCUCUCUGUUUAUGUUGUAGCCUGUGGCUCCUGUGCAGUUUGAUUUUGACUAAUGUAUUCUUUAAGAAAAUGUUUAAUCCAUGAAUACCACAAACCUUCACUUCUCUACCAAUGGGAAACUUACUGGCUGAUGGAAAAUGGGUUUUAACGGUCAUAGACAAGCGUAAGACAAUCUUAUAGACUGUGGAUACCUUUAUUUUAGUGACAGGACGGUGGAUUGAGAGAAUGGGGAGUGGUUCACAGUUAAGGGCCACAGGUCAGAAGUGAACCUAAACCAUCAGCUCGAUAGCCUCUACCGACACCCUUCAGUGUGUCUUUCUGUUUGGUAUUUGUUAUGAAGGAAAAGUCUAGUCAAGGUCAAUUAAAAUAUAUGGAUUUAUAAAAGAAGAAGCCUAUAUAGUCGUUACACAAAACACAAACAGAUGUAGGACGGAUUCACUUUCAGUGCAAGACACCAGAGAGAGACUAAUUUACUGGUCAGCACAUAAAUUGUGUUUUGACAUACUCAGCAUCAUAUUAGCCAUCAUCUUCUCUCAAGAAAAACACAUUUUCUCCCAUCUUAAAUUACAGCAAACCAAUCUGAAACAGUUAAUAAGCUAGUGUAAAUUCUUUUAUGAUGUAUAUCAUGCUGUUUAAUAUUGCUUUUGGCCUCAAAGUAACUCAUAUUCUGGAGUCCAUAGCAUAACCCCAUGUAUUUCUCUUUUUAUCCGUUUUUUAAUAAUCUAUCUAAAAUAUCUUACUAUCCAAGGAAACCAGAUAGACUUGAUUUUAAUGCCAGUGGAUUUCUGCAUGAUUUUCUUUCUAUUUUAACCCCAAUAUCUACCUUGUACUUUUUUCUCUCUUCAUCAUUUCCAACAGGUGGACAGAAAUCCAAAAUUCCUUAGUGGAAAUAUUUUACUUAUCCAAAUAUUCUCUCCUCUGAAUUUAUCAAAUAAAAUGUACUCUCAUGUUCAGCAAUUUUUAAUAAUUUUUUUAGUAUUUUAAAUUGGUGUAUUUUUUCAAAAGCAGAUUGGCAACAUAUGUCAGCUCUCUCAUUUUCUAUAUGGGCGUCAGUCACUGAAAAAGUAAUAUCAGUGAGCCACUACAAGACAUAUUCAAAAAUGUGUAUUACACAGAAGGAGGAAAACCAUGUUGCAUGAGUACACUUUGCAUUACUGGAGAUCUGACACACACUGAGUGUUGAUUUAGUGUCAGUCACGAUCCGGAGCUUCAGGUUCGCCUCUCUCUUCUUCAUUUGAUCAGUACCAGUGUCUAUUUUUGCUCCAAGAACAUGGUAUGAUCGCUGUGUGCUCUUAAUCACUGCCAGCCUUUCACAAACCGCAGUCUGACAUCUUUAUGCCCGUCUCCAGCCUGCUGGAAACCGGUUUUCCUUCUCCGUCCUCCCUAUGUUUCCUUUUCAGGACAAUGUAUUUACGAUGGCAGUAAAUGCACAAAAGCCCUCUUUUGUUAUUGAUCGGGUUCGUUUUGAUUUGGACUCACAGCAAGGACUAUCAGUAGGGCCAGUGGGGCCCUGCAGUGUACAUUUCACACAGCUCCUGCUAAAUCCUGUAAGAGGGAUUGGUUUCGGGAGGUCUGGCACCAGUCUUGGCUUCAUGAUAUGAAAUCAUAUUAGUUUCAGCUUUUUCAGAGUCACACGGAGAAUAGCUACCAAUGAAAUGGCUGGGCACACCUUCAAAGUUUGGUUAUUUAUUUAUUCAGCCUGUUUAUUUGAUUUUUUUAAACUCUGCACCUGAUAACACCCUGAGUUAUUGUCCGGCAAAGAGUGUUUGCAACCUCAGUAAAUUGCUUUGUUCUGUGCAUGCAAACAGUCCAAAUUAGUGGCUGGCUACACACAAAGCGCAUUGUCUCACAACAUAAUGUGUUUUCAAUUAGGAGGCGAUGAGAGAUUUAGCUUAUUCUCGGGAUAGGUAGCUCUUUCUUCGAUAGCUCGAGAGACCAGUAAUUGAUUACCAAGUGUGAAAUGGAAGUUAAGAACAGAGUGUGAGGCUGUGUCCCAGAGGAGAGCACUUUUAAGCAGGCAGGGUGCUUAAGUGGCUCACCUCUCCCUGUACUGACAGCUUGACUUGAAGGUUUCGUCUGCACCCACUGACUCACGGCGUGAUAAGAAAUGCACCUUUCACAGAGCCCUUUAUUUCAACCCAGUGUCAAAUAUCACAGUAAUUACUAUGAUUAAGCCUCGUUGCGGCCAUGCUCCUUAUGAUACCAGUUUGAAUGGACAGCAGCCUGUGAUGACUCACAACCCCUUCAGGAUGCAUUAAUAUCCUCCCACUGGCUAGGACUCUGAAGCAAUGCCUGUCUCCUCGGAGCCUGACAACAUGCAGCUCAUUACAGACAAACUGUCCACCAGGAAACAAACUAUAUUAUGAUAUUGUCAACCGUAUUUAAUUUCAUCACUUGCCUAACUCAAGUGCGUCGAAAGCAACACUCUCAGUCAGCAGCAGGCAGACGGCUCAGUGACCCACACUGCAAGGCUCUGUCAUAUCUAUAAUGUAUCUGUCUCCAUGCUCACAGCCACUUACGACACCAGAUGAAGAGUGAUGCCGCUUGUAAUGUGCGGUCAUUUUCCUGCUGCGGGUGAUAGGGGGUUAAUCGCUCCGAACAGGGUUAAACUGCGAGGAGUGUAUCGUGGUGCUGCAUUGUAACCAAGAAACUCAGUUCGGUCAAGCCAAAUAAUUAACUUCUUGGAGUUGAAUUUCAACUGAUUUAUAAGUUUGCUAAUGCACUGGAUGUAACUUAAAAAAGGAUAGUUUAAAAUUUAAGGAAGGUGCAUUUAGUAGCUUUUGAGUGAAGUGUAGGAUGAGAAGAUGACUAUCUCUAAUAAAUAUGAAAUAAGGCCACAGCCAGCAGCUAGUUAAAGGGAUAUUCCGGCGUAAAAUUAAGUUAGGGUCAAACACACGGUCACACAGAGUUAGACACCCCCUCGAGAUAUGAAUGUUGCCGACUGCUUGCUUCUCUAGAUAUACCAACUUAAGUAACGGCCGCACAAUAGCAAGAUGAGACAUCAGGCCAGUCCAUUACGGACUGCAGCGGGGUGACUCAGCUCAGCUUUAUGAUUAUUACUUUAUCAUUUCCUUGAAGUAAUAAUCACCAUAUUAAUCAUUUUGCACUGCAGAUGCAGUAGUUCUUCUGCCUUUGCGUCUCAGUCUGAUUUCAUUUCCAUGAAGAAAUGAUCAUUAAUGUUCUUCCUUGAGCUGUGUCACCCCGCCUCGGUCGAUGAUGGACUAGCCUGAAGUCUCCGUACAAAACAAGUGGCUGCUGGAGGAGAGUAGGUGAGUUGUGUUUAGUCUCUUUGCUAAAGAAAUCAGGCAAAGCGAAAAAGAUAUUUGGUGGCUAGUACUGUGGCUAGGACCCUAUAUGUACUGUUGAUGAAGUUAGGUGCUGUUCUGAACCUUAUUUGUGGCUAUAGAGUGACUUUUUGGUUGAGGUUUGUGUGUGGCUCCUCAGACCGCUGUGUAUUGCUAUUGUGCGGUCUUUACUAAAGUUGGUAUAACUAGAGAAGCAAGUGCUCGACAAUGUUAAUCUCUCGAGGGGGUGUCUACCUCUGUGUUACCACGUGUUUGACCCUACAUUAAUUUUAGCGAGAAUAUCCCUUUAAUUUAACAGAAAGACUGUACUAGUUUCUAUGGUGUUGCAUUCCCUUUCAUUUGUCAUGAAUAUCAUUAGAUAUUCAUAUUGUGGCAUGACUGUUUUUGUUGUUUAACACCCUUUAAAACGCAGAUAGACAAGGAAAUAUUACACCUUUUUCAGUAUUGACUCUAUACUUCAAAUAGGGAAGUGCUCAUUCUGACAAGCUACAUUACUGCAGGUUGUGUAUCCACCUGAUAAACUUGGCAGGCAAUGGACUGAUGCCCUUGGAUCUCAAUAUUUCACUGCGUCUCAGCCGAGCCAUGUCACACAAUGUGAUGACAUUGUGGACUCGAUGAUGUAACUGGUUAUAGGUUUGAAGUAUGUGCUGCUUCAGCAGAGUGAUGCCUUACUCCCAGAGAUGAAAUAAAGUGUGUCCUGUUUUGUAUUGUGUACCGCGAGAAGAAUUAGUGCCGGUACUCCAAAGCAGCGAAAGAAGCUGUCAAGGUUACAGAGUAAAAUAGGAUUCAACUUGUAAUCCUGUACAUUGUAAAUCUGCCAUUGAUUUGUAAGAAAGUCUUGAAUUAUGUUCCUCUCAGUAUUUUCCUGUUAUUCAUCAUAUAUUUGAAGCAAAGGGCAGGCAGAUACAGAAAUGUCAAAGCAGUGUGCAUCAUCGCAGUAUCAAAAUAUGAUAAUAGAAAGGAAUGGAAGGGAGGCAAAUACAGUUUCACAUUUGCUUUGAGGGCUCCCUGUCAGGUUGGGCCAAAGGGGUCCAAUGUGUAAGUGAAAAGAGUGUCAGGAACUAAUUUCUGGACGUCGUCAUGAACAUUCAUUUUAUCACCAAACAUGAGCAAUUAGGUUUGUUGUAGACACAUUUGGUGUCAUACACAGCAAAUAUGACUGACGCUUAGUGAUUCAAAGUUUAGUAAAACUGAUUAUUUGCAAGUAAUAGUUACAUUUGGUUGUAUGGCUCUGUUUUCAGAGGUCUUUGCGCUUCCAUGCACUCGCUUGUCACAAUGUCACAGCUUUAGGAGGGGACAGCCCCUCCCCUUCAUGUGCAUACAUGAAAAGCCAUUGCAGGGAAAGCAGCAGCGAAAGAAAUCCUCCCUCUUCCCUACAGAACAGAGGAAAUGUCUGUCACCAUACAACACCGUGAAGACCAGACAGCAUAAAAACAGGAGGAGCACGGGAGUUCUAGCAGGCAGUAUAGGCUGGCAGCAGUUUCAGUAUAGUGCUACAAUCACAUUUAACAAUCGGAUAGGUAGACAGCAAUCAGCUGAGCUGUCAGCUGACUGAGGGUUGGCUUAGGAUCAGUUGCCUGAAGCUAAGCUUGACUCAGAGUUAGGGCUGGGCGAUAAACUGAAAAUGUACUCAUACAGAAAUUUACAACAAUAACCAACGUCAUUUUGCCCAUGUCAGUAUAUUCAGUGUCAAAAAAAUAAAUAAAUAAAAGUUGGUUUUGAAUGUGUGAAAGUAGGCUAUGGUCUCAUGCCCCUUUAAGAUGCUGUCCUACGUAAGAGACAUGACUCCACCCCAUCCAGUCUGUAACAAAGAGGGAAAGACAGGUGAGGAGAUGGAGGACGGUUCAAAAGUUGUAGUGGUGGCUGAAGUGGACAAAGUUGAUGCGGGAGGAGGUGAGCAGUUUGUGGAGUAGUUAUCAUCCAUUUAUCGUUAUUGAGGUGAACUGAUCAAUAUAUUGUGAUAUUGAUUUGAGGCCAUAUAGCCCAGCCCUACUUUGUGUCCUGCCCAAACACAUUGAAACAUGAAAAAGUGUAGUGAAUCUACAAGCCUCCUGCUCCCAUUUUAGGAGCCCUUUACAUAUUGUGUUUGAAUAUCUGACUUUGUAACUCACUGUUUUUGUUCUUUUGUUACAUUUAUGGCCUGUAUAAUGUCAGUUUCAUUCCUUUUUGCCCAAAAUUGCUUGUUUAGCACACAUCCUUUAUACAUGGCAGGAGCCUGGAUCGCACAUUCGAGCCCAUUCAAACACACACUCAAACCGGGGGAUACCAACAAAGCUAGUCACAGAGCAGCUCCAUGGGUGGUUUAAAGGGAUAAUGUUGUGUUCAUGCACAACUUGACAGUAACGUGCAAUCCUGUGGCUUGCUUUCUGUCAUGUAUUUGUGAACAAUCUCAGGAUUAUCUUUAACUCUACCAUCUGUUUCCCCACUUUUUAACUCUUAUAAUAAAUAAAUACUUUCACUGCAAACAGCUAAAAGCCAGAUAAAAGAGAGAGGUGUUUUUUUUCAAUGAUUUGUUAGAUGUUGAAAAUAGUUUGAAUUAAUUUAAUUGCAUUUUAUGUCAGUUUUAUCCCUAGCUUUGCCUCUGCAGAUCAUAUUGUUUUCCUAUCCUUUUAGCAUUGUUUUAAGCCCUGAGUUUAGAUACUGUGUUAUAAAUAAGAGAACAAGCAUCCUUAUUUGUGCUAGAGCUGGCCUGAUAUUAGUCAUAAUAGCUAUAAAACACUGGUUCUUAAAUGCUACCCAUGAGGGUCAUUGAUAUGAAUGCAUUGCCUCUGACUCUCCUCCAGCCAGCUGCUCAGCGUUUUCCACGCUAAAUAACUUAGCUUCGCACAAGUUGUGAGACUGCGAUUAGUUAUAUUCCAGUGGGGGAGAGAUUUACAGAGCCAUUUUUUAGUCUGUCCGAGGUAUCAUGCUUUAGAAGUGCUGCAAGAAGACAAAGUAUAUUAAAGCAAUAAGCCACGAGAAGCUGUACUUGACAGUGAUUUUGGAACAGCUUAGAGGCAUUGUUAGGGACUCUUCUGAAAAAGCUGUCAAAUCACUACCCCAAGUAGCUUUACACUGCUAUAAAAUGUCUGCAGUAAAAAAGAAUGUAAAUGUGCCAUAAAUGUAACAGUUUAAUAUCUGCUAUGCCUAAUGUUAUUUCCUCUGUUUGAGUCAUGAUUUGGGGUUGUGGGGUAUUUUACGAGGACUUCAAACAGGCCCGAUCAAAAGUAAAAGGAGAGAUGUUUCCUCUCUUUUUCUGAGGAGCUGUAUGUAAUGAACUUAAAUGAUUUGAAAUCAAAAUUGAUAAAAGUGAGAGCAGACUGUAGUCAUUUAUUUGAACUAGCAGCGAGUUACGCUUGUAAAAAAGAAGUGUCUGUGCUUUGUCGAGUUCUCCUGGUGAAAUAUGCGAUUAAAACACUAAUUAGACUUUAAAGGUUGAAGAUAGGUACAAAAGGAGGAUCAGUCAUUGGCCUUGGUUGAUCCAUAUUAAUGCCACGCUCCUGGAAGUCUCCUACUGACCCGUCCCAAGGUCUAAACUCAGCUUAACUUAAGUUCUGCUUUACGAAUAUUCAUCUGUCUCUCCUGAAGCUUCUGAAGACUGUAGAGGAGGAAAAUGAGCAAUGCUGUUUUAUAACUACAGCCUUAGGCAAAGACAUACAGAGUCAUGUCUUUUAAAAAAUCUGUCAUUAUAUAUUCUCGCAGUAAUACAGCAAAGAGAAAAGACUACUAAGAACUCUCACUGUUUAAAGGGGUCCGGGUUGUUCUUUAAUGUUUUGGAUUUGUCUUCUCUUUGUGAUACUGAGAUCCAUUCAUGUAAGAACCAGCCUUAUCUUUGGUUUUGGUUUCAUUUCUUUAAAAACAAACUUUGAUAUCUUAAAUCUGACAGAAUCAGCCAUGACUUUUAGAAGUUUGGCAUAAGUUUGGCGAUUGUAUAAAAAGGCUGAGUUUCUAUGAGCUGCAAAGGGUUAAUAGUAUCCUAUCCUACAAAGUGAAAAUACCAACAAGAAUGGCUUUUUGUGCUUCUGUUGUUAUAUGAACUGCUGAAUUGAUGGCUUGAUAAGUGUCAUGUUAAAGUUCACAUCCUGGAUGAUAUUUCUCACCCACUUUAUACUUUACUGAUGUAACACAGGAGUUGUUUCAGCAAUACUGUAGGUGUGCACUUCACAGACUGAGCUCAGUUUCAACCUGCACUUUGUUCUUGGUGCAAUGAGCCAUUGAAAUAAGCACUAUGGAAAUUUGGCUCAACCACUGGGCUGGUACUGCUUUCUAGUGGUAGAGGUGAACUGAAAUUGUUUUCUGUUUAUUUUCAUGUGUCAUUGAAGAAUCAUGAGUGUAAUGAGCCUUGUUUGUAGGGGUGUCCAGGUACAACUUUUUUACUUCUGAUACGAUACCAAUAUUGUAGCCUUCGUUACUGGCCGAUACCGAUAUUGAUUCGAUAUUGGCACAAAAUUGUGCAUGACAAGUUUUGCACUUAGCUGCAACUUAUUUUUCAGACUUAAACAAAAUUACUGCCACAUGGCCAACAUCACUCCUAGAUCUUUCUACUUUGUUAGUACCUUAGCAGGGCUCGACAGUGCGACCGUUUCAAUCACAUUUGCAACUAAAAAUAGAUGUGGGCGAAUUGUAAAAUUUAUUUAGGGGCACAUGUGCGAAUAAAAAAAAUCAGCUGAGGCAACAAAUAUUUUUUCAUGUAAAUACUGCAGUGAAGUAAGUUUUAGGUUGCAUAUCCGACAAACACUCAUUGUGGAUCUACUGGUGUCUUCUCACUCUCCAUAACCAGGAAUAACAACAGCAGCACGGCUAAAUCUACCCAGCACCCUAGCUGUCAACAUCAGGUGUUGAAUAAGGGACCAUCAAUAAAUUACCAGUUGAUGUUCUCAGAAAAGGCUGUUUUCCUUCAAAAGCUUCCAUGUCAUGUGACCAAAAGACCAAAGAUUUUUUUUAAAAUUAUAUUUUUAUAAUAUAUAUAUUUUAUAUUAUAUUAUAUAUAUAUUUUUUUUUUUGCUGAUAUCGGACCGAUAUCCGAUAUCAAUAUCGGAUCAGGACAUCCCUAAUUGUUUGUGAAUUCACCUUUGUCCUUUAUAAUUUCUCUUUCAAGCAGCAUUUGAACACUCGCUGGCAAGAUAGGAUUUUUGGUUCAAGUUAAACCAAUCAGUGUUUUUAUAUUGACAAUCACAUGUAUACAUAUAGGGUGAAAAAAGUGUGAUCACAUCAGAUCUUUUUUAAAUAUGGAAAUGGUUGUCUAGAAUUGCUGCUGGAAUCUACAAAAUACUCUACCUGACCUCAACAGGCUGACAAGGAAAGCUCAUAGAAGCUAAAGAUCAAGAUAUUUCUCUAGGGUGUUCGAUCAACACUUCAAGACUACCAGAAGAAGAUUGACUUCAGGGCUUAAACUCGGCUGUAAUUUCUUGUUUGUGUGUCAGUUUUACGUUAACAGCUCAUUUGAAAGCUCCGGGCGCCUGAAAAUUUAAUUAUUCUGUUGUAAGAGGAACCAGAUGUAGCUCAGGUGGAUAAUUAAGUUUGGGUUUGUUUCACAGGAUCAAUGCAUACACUUUAUUUUAAAUGGCUCUUUAGUCCAUUGAUACCUAUUUGUCCUUGUCUCUCUAGCUCCUCCACUCGACAUAAUCAACCAGCCAGUUAGUGAGUUCUGGCACUGAUAGCUGUCACUAGUGAUUCUGGCCUGCACGUCCUCAGCACCUCACAGGCAGUCCGUGUUGUAAAGCUAAUUAAAAAUUUGGACAACGCAUUGUUGUAAACCAAGAAUUGCACCCAAGUUCCGCCUGCAAUGUGAGGAUGGCCUCGUGAAGUAAUGGAGCAACCAAAACAAAAAGAAGAAAAUCAAUAGUCCACUCUGCCUCCAACAUCUUAAUGCCACUCUCAGUGGAGUAGAGAGGGAUGUGUGGAAGUGAUGGAGUCUCUGUCAGUUACUAGACAUCAGAGGAGUUUUUAAUUGAGGCCCCAGUGGGGCUCAGAGGGACAGGAGAGAUGUGGAGAGAGAGCCAGCCCAGUCAGUGUUAGAUGAGGUAGACCAGUUGUGAGGCCGUUUUCUCGCCCACUGUCAUCACUCUCCUCGGCUCGAGCUGGGUGGUACACCGUGAUAUUUUAUCACAGUAAUGUUUUUCCAACAGUCAUGUCACAUAUCCUGUUUUUCUUCUUUGGAUUGAUUACUUUUAGAUUGAUCCCAUUUAUUUCCCAAAGUCAAAGUUAUUAUAAAGUAGCUAUUAAUACAGUUAGGAGUGGCUGGGGAGGAGAAUUUCAUACCUGAUGGAAAUUAAGAGUUCAUCUCACUAGACAGUCUCUCAACAGCUGUUCAGGAUUUUCUGGGUUGAGUCCUGGGGAAUAUUUUUUCUCCGCACUAUGCUCUGUGUGUUUCCCCAAUGUUCUUCCACGGCUGACUUGUCCUUCCAGUCGGACAUGAAAUCAUCUACAAUGUGGAUGCUCAUGUUUUCAAGUAUUCCUCAUUCCAGCUGAAGUAUUUCCUCAUGGUCGGCUCUUGUCUCUAUUAAGCUGUAUGAUAACAUUUCUUCACCCACCUUUUCUUCACAUGCAAAUGUUUGUAGGUAAAAAGAAAAGCCUGUUCUCACCAGUCAGUAGUUAAAAUGCAUUGAGCUGAAGCUUGCUCUACACUUUAAUAUGACAUUUGGAAUCUUUUUCCUACAGUUAAUGUGUCACCAAAUCAGAACCAGAGCACAUUUUUCUACUGGCAUUACAUUUAUCCUGGUUACUCUGUACUCUUCUACCAGAGGCCAUUGUUAAUUGUAUUAUAUAACAUAGAUGUUUAUUAGUGCAGAUACACAUUCUCACACAUUCAUGUCUGUAAAAUGGCCCCUUGCUAGAAUAACAACAAAGCAGCCAACUCUGUGGUGUAUAAUCUCUUAAUUAGUGAGUCUACAGACUAUGGAAUAACCUUCAACUGUAAAGAUAAAAAAACACCCUAACCUUGCCCCAGGCAUAUCUGAGUAAGACCUGAAAUCACCCCUUUAAAUGUACCGGUGACUUAGCUUUCCCUUGUUUCCCCUGCAGACAAAACUGUCACACUAGUUUUCUCUGUAGAAAUGCAUCGUAAGCUUUCUGACAGUAAUUGAGGUAACUUCAGUGAUUCAUUGUCACUCAUUUGUUUACAUGACACCAGUAGCUCUGAAAAAAGGCACAGUGAUGUGCUGCCAACAGCAGAUGUCUCGUUGCAAUAAUAGUUUUUGUCAGUGACAUAUAUUUCUAUAAAGAUGUUCCAUAAAGGUCCAUUUCAUAUACUUUUAAUAGCUGAAGUAAUCACAGGCUUAGUAUUUCUGUCGUGAUCGGCUCGUAUAGUUUCCUUUAGUAUUGCUGUUUUGACCACAAGCUCAGCCAGCUUAGAUGUAAAAGUAUAAUCUUAACGUAUGAGUAUGAUUCACGGUUAUCAUCCUCUUUUUCUUUCAUAAACUUUGGUUGUUCUUGCUUUUUUUGUCUGAAUUCUGAAGCAUCCCUGACAUUGUGACCAGUUUCUUUAAGCACUCACCUCCUCUUCAGACUAAGAGACUGUAAGCAUGAGAAAGAUGUCUUUGUAUGAGUGGAGGGGCGCAGGCUUCAGAUUUUGAUUAGCAAAUGACAAAUAGCUGCAUUUUGUGUCUCUAAGAGGGCUGAUUGUCAUUACAGGAAAAACACCAGUGGCAGCAACACUAGCUACGUUUACAUGGGCAAAAUUUCUUGAUCUGAUCAAAAAAACUGACUCCACUGUUUAUACGGGUGCAAAAUCAAAUAAUACAUUAUAUAGUAAUAUAUACAAUAUAAUAAUCAUGAUGUGUGUAUACAUUCAGCAAGCUUUAUUCAGGUUAGAAGCGCUUGGACAUGCACAGAGUUGUCUGAUUUCGCUAAAACAACCACAAAGGAAGAGUAGUUGGUUUCGGGAAAACGAUUGGCACAAACCACCCCAAUCAAUCAGAAUACAAUUUCUUUCCUAUUGAGGCGAAUUUGAUCAGAAUCUUCUCAACGACAUGUUUACAAGGCACAUUUUUAUUCAGAUUUGGCACUUAUUCAGAUUAUUUGUGCCCAUGUAAACGCAGCUACUGUGUGCAUAAACAGUUUUUCCCCAAACACCAGGCAUUUAUGGAUUAUAGACGGAAAUGGACAGCAUUGCUUUCUACUGACAUCAACAUAGAUUGCACUGUUUCAGUCUUGUGAGAUGAAUGUAGGUUGUGUUGAUUUUGGAGCCCCCUGUGGACAGAGCAGACUCAUUUCUUCUGAUCUUGUCCCAAACAUGUGUUAGAAGUCUGUGUCGAACUCAAAUAACUCCUCUUAUUUCCCUUACAUCUCUCGCUGUGAAUCUUCUUUGUGGGAAAUGUAAACAAAGGUUCUCCCAAACUGUGCACUGCACAUCGUAGAUAACUCCAUCUGACCUGGUCACAGCAUUUUCACGCUUAAAAAAAAACUAAACAGAGAUAUUAAGUCUUCUCUUUGCCGUUCUGGUUUGCUCCUGUAGGGGAUAUAGAGGCAUCAAUAUUAAUUUCAGUCUGUUCAUUCAUAACCAGUUAAGGACUCCUGACAGCAGGUUUAAGAUGAUUAACUUGGUAAUAAGCCCAAGCCAUGGAGGAUUGGACUGUGUUUAAUAAGCUAAAUAAUCAAUGUCUCAACUGUGACUCAUGAAUUUUUUUUUAAUAGAUGAAAAACUUGUUCGACAAAUGUUUUUAAAACUUCUGGUCAUAUUGUUUUCAACACAUAAUAAAUAAUACUCGAGAAAAACACGAUCUCAGCGGGAAUGUAAAAUCAAGCUCGCUCCGCCUCGGUGCCUAAUAACCUUUCUUAAUAGCGUGAGACCGCUGGACGGCAGGGGAUCUUUGUCUGUGGAUCAAUCAGGUUAAAGUCAGACUCAUUUUACCAGCUUUCCUCACACACUCAUCUUUCUGAAAACAUACCUCUGCUCUACAAGCAGAGUGUCUGUGGGCGGUGGGCCAGCCUUCCUCUGGAGAAAGGUCAGUAGCAGCCUGUCGUGUCUGAAAGACAGCUUACGAGGUGAGAGUAGACUUAGACCACCACACCUCAUUGUGAUUCCGGCCAAGUCCAGCGAUCACACAGUGACCGGCUUUAAUGCGUGCUUGCUUGCCAACCUGCAAACUUAUUCACCUGUUUGUUUUUUCUUUCACUUAGGUCGCCCUAUCAUUCACCUGCUUACCCCAUCCCUCCAAUCUUCUCUGACUCACUAACUCAUCCUCCUCCCGCUCACCCUCCACCCCUGCCCCUGCCACCAACAGAUGGCUUUUAUAGUUCUCCUGCUGAGGGAAAAAAAGAGAGCUGUUAGAAACUUUAUUCCUAUAAAUGCAGAGCCAUUACUCUGUUUUAAUGUGCACGUCUGCACAACAUACACUUGUGUUUGCCACGAGCGCAUGGCGUCAGGGGAAGGGCAAUAAUGUCAGACAAAUUGUGUAAGUAAAUGGGCGCUAGGUCGUCCCGGAGACGAGCGCAUCGCCUCCCUGCAUGCCAAUAAGACAGCGAGGUAGCAUCUCGGUGAAAAGCAAUUUAUUGAAAUGCAAAAAGAGGAGAGAAGGCUCAGAGCAAAGAUGCUGACAGGACAAAAACCUGUCGCCAUCCAUCUCAGUUUGCCAAGUUUCCCCUCUAAAAGUGAGCUAGUCAUCCUCUCACAGUGAGGAGAUGUGUUCCCAAGAAAUAUAGCAAGAACAUCUGUUGUGCCUGUGUGUUCACAAGCUUUUCAUUCUGUGCCCCGAAUAAGGGAGGGUUUAGAGGUUUUGAUUGACAUCUUCAAGGUUAAUAAUAAAGGCAAGUAAUUGAAACUGAAGCUGAAACAAAUUCAAAGUCAUUCGUUCAAUAUAAUCCUAAUAUUCAUGCUCAUGUUUUCCAUUCUGGCUAAUCCGUGUCCUCUGACACCAAGGCCAUCUUUUUUCCAUUAGCACUGUUGUUAUUGUUCCUGCCAAUCUCAUUCCUGAGAGAUCGACGCUGCUGCUCAGGAACUGAAUAAAGAAGUUUAAAUCACCAGCGUCUGUGAGCCUGUUUGCUCUCGCUGAGGUAGUAUGCAUCAAUCACUUCACCACUGUUGUGUGAAUGUGAUUUAAGCGUGAGCUCUCGUUUUGUCUCACUGAGUUUUAUAUCUCAUUCACUUCACUGUUCUUCCCGGCCUUACUGUAUUGUCUGAAUGAAUGUCUUUCUCUCUGCCAUGUGACUCGUUUUUAGAGAGAUAUAUAAGCCUAUUUCAACUGCAAUGGGUCUGGUUGUGCCUCUCUGGUCUCAGGGGCUGUGUAGCCCUCAAGCAGGGCCGGGCCCUGCUGCUGCUGCUCACCCCCUGGGCGAGCCUCCAGUCCACCACGACCUCUGUGAUCAACACUGCUUCUCUACAGGUCCUCCUCUUUCUUCCUCUAUUGUCACAACCAAGCGGAGGAAGGUCAGGUUGUUCAUCUUGACAAUGAAAGUAAAACCUAAUUGACUCGUCCUCUCCUCUUCCUCAUUCCCGCAGCUUGUCUACAAUGAGCCUUGAGGCUCUUUUUAGCCUGAAGCCAUCCUUCUGUCAAGGGACAUUGUUCUCCUUUGGUUGCAGCUUAAGAGGCUAGGUUUCUUCUAGGCAGGUAAAACUGGGCUGACAGUGUGAGAGAAAGCAGCUUUGAUCUCCACUGUCUUCACAUUGCAGAACCAGGAUGACAGGCAAGGGAGUCUUAGGAGCACUUUAUUCCUCCAAAGGUGCUGAAGAGAAAACACUCAGGCUUGUAAAAAUGCCUGCAAAGCUUGGCUCUCACAUUCACUGAAGCCCAAACAAUACCUAAGCCGGCCCCUUGCGAGUCCCCUAUAGGGUCUUCCAGAGACUUAGGGAGCCUCAUUUCUCACUCGUGAUGUGCCCUAUGUUAGAGGCUCCAUAUGGAGGUGGUGUUUUAUCAUACUCUCGCCUGCCCCCAUUAAAUAUCUAUUUUUACCGUAGCAGUCUGCUGUGGCCUCCUGUGAUACACAAAACACCUACGACGAAGCACCAGCUUUGAUCAGUAACAGUGGAUGUGCUGCAGGUGUGGUCUUUGUAACGUAUCAAAACACUGUUCGCAUGUUAUGUUACGUUUGUAGCAACAAAUGUAGUUUUUUUUGAGAAACUGGGUAGAGAAUAAAAAGUCUACAAGGGUUGAACACAAUAAAAAAAUCACACUGUACUCAAAAUAUAAUAACAGGCGGUACAACUGCACUCACUUCUUUAGUCCAAUGUCCCAUUAUGUUGAAAAAGAGCUUCAGAAACUACAUCCUGCAUGCUUUUUAGGAAGGCUUUUUCUGAUUGAAUUCGCUCAAAGUGCAGGUAAGAAUUAGAAUAACUUCAUUGAUCCUCCAAGGGAAAUUCAAUUGUCUGUCGUCUCAUUUGUCAUGUCUAAAAAGUCAUCUACUACAUCCAGUACUAGCCAUCUAGUCAUCUAGUACCUGUCAUCUAGUCAUCUGUUCACAUAUAAAAAGAUACUUCAUCAGUGUUAAGACUGAUCUUGGUGCUGUUGUGGGCUUCAGUAUAUAACAAAACAAUCUAUAAAUGAAAACAUGAAUACCAGGAGCUAAUUGUUUUUUGUUGUUGCCUUCAUCUUUACAGAUUUGCUAAGUAGUUCUUUAGAUUUUUUUCACCAAAUCUGAUCAUUGUAAACAUGAAAGCAAUCUUAAUAGAUUUUUAAAUACCAUGGAAAGCAAAACAGGGCUUACAAAAAUGCAGCAGCACAGUGCAAAGUUAAAGUUAGAGAUAAAGUGCAGCUUUACUGACAUGCUUAAGAUUGUAUAAUCUUUAAAGAAAUCACAGUUUGCAUAUGCUUAAAAGUGCAGAAUUUUCCCAUGACUCCGGGCUUUCAGAUAGUUUUUGAUUUUUGAGAACAUAAGAAAUUGUAAUAAUACUCACUGAGCCUGCAAUAUCCUUUUUUAAUGUUAACUUAUUAACUGACAUUUAAUGUUGGCAUCAGUGAAAGCAGGAGGGUGUUAUCAGUAAGAAAAACCCUAGUCCUAGAGCUUAGGUCUACCAUAAUUACAAUAGUCUCCCUCUUCUCUAUAUUCAUGUCCUAUCGGCUCAUAUAAACCUUAGACAAACUUUACAAUAUUAACAUGUUCUCCUAUGUGUGCCAAAUAUUCACAGUCUCUCAAAAAAACACCAAGUGUGAAGUGAAGUUUAGCCUGUUUGGUGCAGCUCUGAAGACUGCAGACUCUGGGUAAUGUGACAGUGCAGCCUAAAGCACUCCAUCCUUCCCCUUGCACUAAGGGAAUAGGGAAUGGGGGAAAGGGAGGAUAGGUAAACAGAGCCAUUAGAGACAAAUCUAUUUCUGAAGAAAACAAAAUCACAUCAUCAAACAAGAGAAAAAGAAAAAUAUGAUCCUGCAGCCCUUUGGGCCCCGGCGCAGCAAUGAUAGCCGACUAUGGCAUUUGUCUUUAUCAGUCUGCCUUGAGGGAGGGAGAGUGUGGUGGGAAGGUGUGAGGAUAAAAGAGAAUAAGGAGUCAAUGGAAACAAAGAGGAUGCUGUCGUCUUCACCUGAGCUAAAAGCUAGACACAUUCAUUACUUUUCUGACUUUAUAAGACGUGAACAGCUCAUGUAUGAUUAUUUCUCUGUCAUACAUGUUCUGCGCGGCUCACUGACGGUAUGAAGUGGCUCUCAGAUGGUCAUUCUUUAAAUAUAACAGAGUGAAGGGCUCGGUGGACAGCGAGCCACAGCACCAUCCGUCAUGACUAGCCCGGGGAGGCAUACACAGCUUCAUCAAAAUGACAAGAUUGACUUUCCAGAUUUUAUCUUUUCUCUGUGACAUUUGGUUGUUUAUCCUGCUUUGCAACAGCAGCACCAGAGAGUCUUUGUGGUGCCCUUUGUAUAGAGAGAUGCUCUUAAAAACAGAUUUAUAUAAAUAAGGUUAAAUAUACAUAAAGAUCGCAUGAUAAGAUGGAAAAAUUUACAUGAAACAUGUAAAAAUUUACAUAUAUGCGUAUUAUAAAUAUUGUAAUCUCUGCCUGAGCAUAAAUAACCUCUUUAGGAUUGUAUUAAAAUUGAAUUAGAGGCAGUGAUUCUUUAUUACUGUACUUUCACAAAGCAUAGGUGUGAAUGCGUUAUGGUAGCAUACUCAUAUUUCUUCCUUGCUGAUGCUGUGAGGGUGAAAUGUCUACUUAAGCAGUUGAAUAAAUACCUAACAUAGCUUAGGCUGAUUGGUAAUUGGCAUAAUUAACAGUUGUUUAAUUAUAAAUCAAAGCAUUGGGCCAAUAAAGAUGAUGAUAUUUAGGAUUAUACUGAAGAAACAUGAAGGAAUCCUUUUUUUAGAAUACAAAAAAUACUGUUAUGCUAUAUAACUUUGAUUUAAAGUUGUUUAGAAAAUGUAAUCCAAAUUACAUUCAUGAACCGAGCCCAAUGUUGGAGUGAACAAGAAAUAAACUGAUCACCAAAGUCUUUAGACUUACCAUAAAUGACUAUGCAAAAUACCAUGGGAAUUCAUCCAAUGGUGGUUUGGAUGGUUGUUGUUCUUCCAGUCCGAUGCAUUUGUAGUGGACCAACUAACAGGCAGACCAACAUUUCCAUCCUGGAGCCAAGCAAGCCUUGCUUAAAACAACAGCAGAAUAAAGACUGAAGCGUUUUUUUUUAAUUGCCCUGUUUUAUCAUUGGUGGGUACAUGUAGCACCUCCUUCUCCUCCCCUCUAUGGCCGACCGUGUCCUUUCAUUAACUCCGUUUCGUAGGACAAUCAGUAACAUUUGUUUCUCACAUCACAUGGACUGGAUUUUCAUCUGAGAAUUCAUCCCCUCCAAAAGGACGCCUCUAUUUGCCCUCCAUCUUGGCUGGUCUGUGUUAUAGGCUGUCUGCCUGUCUUCAUAGCUGUUGCCAAGUCCUUACAGAUGCUUCAUCAUUUCCUCUUUCCAGUGCCAGUCAUCUUUCAGUCUUUUUUUUUUUUCAUUAUUAUCUGCCCAGAGCGGGCGCUCUCUGAAGGAGGCCUGUUUGUGCUACAGCCAGACUCACAGCCAUUUAGCAGCUCUGCUGUUUUCUUUUCUGCUCCCUCUGUUCAGUUUGAAUACCCAAGGGAAAUUUCCUCUAUGUCUCUGAUAUCCUUUUUCUGUGCUGCUGACCGGUUCUAUUUUUUCACAUCAGUUAGCAGUUUGCCAAAAUAGUCGCACUUAAUUUUUAUGCCUAAUUCUCUCCUGUGUCUUGAAAAAAAGUCUAAUAUUUAUGUUGAAUUAUCUAAUCUCAGUUUACCUUAUUCCUGUUUGGAAAAUAUCACAACGUACCGAUGGUUUAUUUUCUUUAUAGUAUUAAUAUUGUAAACAUAAAGUAGUUAUAGAAUAUUAAAGAACAGCAGCAGAACAUGGUAGAUCUGAGCAAUGUGUAGCAGAUUGCAGGGGGUGGGAUAGUUAGCGCCAACAUCCCCUUAAUGCUGUGCCAAUGCUGUUUGAGUGAAAUGACAACACAGCCUCGUGCGUCUGGUAAGCUAUGUGCCAUCUGGACUCAAUUGAAGGACUCAAGAGUCUUAAUUGGACACUGGUAAAGAAGCUCUUACUCCUUGCACAUAAAACAACUCUCUGGCAGCUCGUCCCUGCUUUGUCUGACAGUCCCACUGUUUCUGAAAGUCAAACCUGAUACCCAGAUGAUAUCCCAAUGAUGACAGCAAUGAUGAUGGCAAUAAUCAUCAUCGGUGUCAUCAUGUUGUGCUUUAGCAGUUCUGCUGUCUGGAUAAUUCAGGAUUUUUAUGACAACUUCCUCUGUCAGCAAAUUCGUCAAAUUGCAAAAUAAUGGUGAUGGAUGCAGCAAUGACAGUUGUGCUCUUAUUUUAGCUUGGCAAGAGUGAAUAAUGAGGCUCUCCCUUCACCCCUCUCCUCUCCCCUCCCCUCCUCUCACUCUCCCUCUGCCCUUUGCUUCAGGUCAGAACAUCGCGUUCCCCCCAGUGGCCCUGUGGGUAACUGUUGGCCUGGCCGUGUGUCUGCUGGUGCUGCUCAUUGCCCUGGCUGCUGUCUGCCGCAGGAAGAUCAAGGAGAGCUGCGAGGAAGCCAGGAGAGAAGGUGGAUAGGAAGGGAAACACACCAGCGUAUAUUCUGAAAAAGAAGUACAAUUCAAUUGGUGUUCUGUUUAACAGCCAUGUUUAAUCCUCCAGAUUAGAUAAAAGCAUGUUUUAAGCAUGCCGUGCCUUCAUUAGGUGUAAUCUGAAAUCUCUGGCUACACUGGAGCUAUGUGCGCUAAAGAUAAAGUAAUUGAAUAGUUUUGUGUUUUUUUCUUGGACCGUGUUGGCCUUUUGUGAACACAGUUCAAGGGCUUACUGAAUAAUGGAUGCUAACCUAUCAUUCUCCUUUCAACCCUUCUCAGGGCCUUCAUUAAAAUGCAGAAUGACUCCUUAAACUCUUCAGAUAGCGGACCAGUAAAUGAUAUGCAUAAUUGCGACGCGUUGCCUCGAUCAUGUGGGAGGCAGCGCAAGAGCGUGCGAGAGAGGGAUAGAGCACAAAGCAGUGAUGAGAUGUUAACUGCUCAAGGAACUUUGAGAAUCCAGAGGGAGUGCUGCUUAAUGCGUAUAGGCAGGAUCUCAGAUGGUGGGACACAUAUCUUCAGCAAAGAGGAACAUCAUUACUCGGGUCCAGUAAUUAGCGUUGCGGAAUAGCCGAGGAUUGCCGCAAGUGCAAAAAGAAAAAGUUUUGAAACGAGAUAGAUAGUGCAGAGCCACCAGCUCUGCUGUAAUGAGAUCUGCUCAGAGUGGAGGAGACAUUUAAAUAAAGGUCAGCCAGUGUCUGCACCGGGGCCCAGAGGUUUGAAAAUAAAUAUGGAAGUGACACAGACUCAGAGGAAAGAGUAAAUAACUCCAUGGAACAUAUGAAAUCAAAUGAAAUGGAAAGAGAAAAAUAUAAUGCAGUCCCUCCCACAGGGCAAAAGGCUCCCAGGGUUGUGAGGGCCUUUUGUUCAUUCGGGUGGAUGAGGAGUUGCGUUGCUUGCCCACAGCUCCAACACCAAAGGCUGGGCUGAUUAUGUGGCCAUCCACUGUCUGCUUUAUUGAAAUGUUAAGUCUUAUUCUGUCCCCUGCCAGCAAUGCUUCUUCAGCCACUGAUGUUUUCCAAGCACGAACCCGAGGAGUGGGGGGACGCUGACUUAUUCACAUAUCAUGCAGGCCCUUGUACUCUGGAUAGAAUGAUAUUGUAUGAAUACAGAUGUGGAGGGGCUUAAAAUAGGUUUGUCUGCGAACACAUCCAGAGCUGUAGGGGAGGGUAGAAAGCCGAGAAGUGCAACUUAAUUGUGGUUGUCUUAUCUUUUAACAGUGUUCUCUGGUAUUGCCAGAUUGAAGUGGACUCUCUCUACUCUGUGUCUUCGCAGCGUUGGUCUGAGGGUCAGGGAAAGUGGAGAAGCGAGAGAUUCAUUUUUCUUCGCUGUCAAAACAUAUGUGGAAAACCCAGUGUGUAGUGUAACAGAGAAGAGCAGCUUGUGGUAUUGCAGUUGUAAGUGCAACCUCAAUUUCAGAGGCAGUGUUGUCUCGACACGAUCAUGACUCUCUUCUCUCUGAUGUGUUUUUUUUUAUAUAUAUUCUUUAAUCCCUCUUUCUUUGUCCUGCCCUUACAGAAUGGCUGUGGAUUUUAUAUAUGCCCACUGUGACCUAUUCAGGGCCACCAAGCUCAUUUUACAUUUAGAUAGGCAUGUGAUUUAAUCAAACCCACGCAUGCAGAUCAUGUGUAGGUGACAUGAGCUGGGUCUCCCCUGUGCGACGGAUGAAAGUCAUGAGGGAAGCAGUGUUUCCCCGAGGGGUUUUACCCCAGUUGUGCAUGUGUUAUUUCAGGGUUUAGAUCUCUGGUUUACAGUGAUUUAUUGUCUUGGUGUGUAUGUGACUCACAUGAAACAACAGACACAAAGAUUUAAUUCACUGUAAGUCUGUGUACGAUAUCCUGCAAAAUAUAAAAUCCCUGAUAAAUAUAUUGAGAAUUGAAGCCGACUCUUUUUCAAAUUAGCAAACUAGUUAAUUUUUAGUCAUGAAGAGGUGGAAUUCAAAGGAAAGAAUUAAAUCCGACAGAAAAUGGUGCUGUCAUUAAGCUUUAUGCCUUAUUAUGCACAGAGGAUUUAAAAGAAGAAGGUUUUCGUGUUUGAGGGAACACACAUGAAUUAAUUAAAGACAGUAAUCAGUGUAUUUAUAGGUCUAUAGGUUUGCAAACUGGGGCCAUUUGCUUUUGCUUGCACACGAAAAUGCAGCAGUUAAAAGACAUUCAGGAGAAGCGUUGCACCAUUUCUGUGUGGGGGGAAUCAUAGAGACAGAAAGGGAGGAUGAUGAGGAAGAGUAACACUCUUCUGGCUUCACCGAGUAGCUGUCUCUGUCCCCUGACUCUGUCAUCUUUUAUGUGGUUUGUCCAGCUUUUGCACUUAAGCCAUAACCACACUUCUUCCCCCUACACACACAGUUGGGAUGCAGCCAACAUGGGCAUAAAAUUGUAACACUCUGAAUGUACAAGGGCAGCAGUUCUCACUCCCUGUCCUGUGGAUGCCCUCGUCUUCACCCUGACUUUAAGGUGCCUUUAAAUGAGCCUCGCUCUCUGUUCCCCGAGGUAUUUCUACUGCUGCCUCAGUGGUGAUACUGUUGGUCGAUUUGGAGGUGUGGAGUGAAACGGUGAAGGAAAACAGGCUCACACAUCAGUAGGGAUGCUGCUCCACUAUUUUUUAUGGUGUGAGGUUGUGGUAUGUUUGUUUAUGGAAAGUUUUUACUCAGUAAAGCACAAAUAAAGCAAUGUUUAAAGAAGGUUAAUGUAACUUUGGAACACAUUACUUGACGCCUAUCUCUAUAACGCAUUAUGAAUAUGUGUAUAAUGCAUUAUAAUCACGUUAUAGCUCUGUAUAACUAUAGUUAUAAACACUCAUAAAUGAUCUUAACACUUUAUAGCAAUAAUCAUAAGACAUUAUAAAGCAUUUUAUCAUGACUUACAAGGUCAGGUAUUAUAAUGUUUUAUAACUGUUAACAACUCACUGACAAUGCCCACAUAGAUAAUGCAUCAUACAUGUAUUUAUGAUGUGUUGUGAUUUGCUCAUAAACUUGUAUAACUAUCAUUAUAAACACUCAUAAAUGAUCAUAAUGCCUUAUAACAAUAACCAUAACACAUUAUAAUACCUGACCUUGUAAGUCAUGAUAAAAUGCUUCAUAAUGUGUUUUUAUCAAUGCUAUAUAAAGCAUUAUGAUCAUUUAUGAGUGUUUAUAACUAUAGUUAUACAGUGCUAUAACGUGACUAUAACACAUUAUACAUAUAUUUAUAAUGCGUUAUAGAGAUAGGCUUCAAGUAAAGUGUUACCGUAACGUUUUCAGAAUGCUUGAGCAGAAACUCCCCGUAGCUCUAUAACCAAAGCCACGCCUGUAAUGGCGAAUGAUCGAGCCACAAUCAUAAAUGGGCUUAUAUACUGUGAAUAUUAUAGUAAUAUGUGAUUAAAUUAAGUUUGUGAUAAAAUCAGAUUUCAAAAUUCAACACAGCAACAAGGAGGAUUUUCUGAGGACUGCAGAGUGGGUGGACGUGUGCAUACAAAUGCUGUUUGAAUCUGCAAACUGUGUUCAGCUGCAGUAAUAAUAAGGAUUUUUGCUUAAUUUCCCCAGAGGAUUAUAGUCUUUGCCAUCAAAGUCAUGGAAAAUCCAGAAUAUGCCCAGGAAUAAAAACAAAUGAAUUGUGUUGCCUUGACAUUUAAUUUUGUUCAAUUAUCAGUUUAAUCUCACAUAUCAGAGGCUGAAUUGUGAAUCUCAGGCUCAAUUGAGGUUGAAAUAGUGUCAGGGAAUUAAUAUCAGCCACUUGAAUACUCUGUCUCAGUCCUAUUUUUAGCCUGCUUGUGUAUGUGUGUGUGUGCACAUGCAUGAGACGUGCAUAUGUAAGUGUGACAGCCUUCACCAGGUUGCCUCUCGAACUCUUGACAGUGGGUUUUCAGAAAGCCAGCAGCUAAAGCCUAAUGUGAUUACUGUCUUUGUGAAAGGGCUGGAUAAGAGGUUAAAGGGGUGGGUAAGGCUAUGUGUGUAGAUAUAUAUGUGUGUCUGUGUGCGUGUGUGUGUGUGUGUGGGACGUGGUGGGGGUACCAUUGUGGGGAUUUUCGUCGUCAUAUAGUUCUCUCAACACAUCUUGUCCUUUGAGCUGUGAAGGAUCAGCUCACCAUAGGCGUGUGAUGAAGUGACUACAUUGUGUGACAGUCUUUGUGCUGUGGAACCCGCUGAUAAUGACUUCUCUGUCUUUCCACAGCUGAAGAGGCCAAAGAGCUGGAAGAAGAGGAGUCAAAGACAGGUCAGCCAAUCCACACCUGGUCAAGACUCAGCCUCUGAGAGCAUCAGGGACUCACUGUCUGCUUUAGCCUUCAGUGCUGCUCAAGGGAAAAAAAGCAGAAUUUAGAAAAUUCACUUGUUAAAAUUUCCAACCCUUAUGUGUGUUAGGGUCUUGCAUUGCUAUUCACCCCACUCAGUUUUCACAUUUACACUGACACAAAGUGAACAUUCAUAUUAACUCAUUUUGGCUUUUAACCUUAAAUUAACCAAAAAGAUCAAUAUGGAAAUUGCAAAAAAAAAUAUAUAUAUAUAUGAGUGCAUAAAUUAACUUUACAACAGUUGGAUUCACAGCAAGCACACAGCAUUUUAAGUUUGAUCUUACUUACACUUAUCCUGUUAGAUGGUCUUAAUUUUUUAUUUAAAUUUAAGUUUUGAACAUCCUCAUUUGGUGUACAUCAAUUCAAAUCAAAGCAAACUGCUGUAAAGAGCAGAAACAUGAAAAGAAAACAAGAGAAAAAAGAAAAAAAAAAAUACAAGACUUUACUUGUUCUCUGCUUGUGUGCAGCAGAGAAUCAGAGGAAUUACAGUUUAGCUACUGCUGAUUUUUACCUAAAGUCUGAUCUGAGUGGUUUAAGUGUUGAUAAACUCAAUCUAACUUCUCCAAUAGUCCUCAAACACAUCACUCUUCAAUCUCAAUGUAAGAGACAGUUUUUCCAUAACAAGUAUAUCAUGCAUUACCUUCAACCAAUCUGCUGUUGAAAGUGGACCUUGACACAGCCACUUUUUUGUUACAGCUUUUUUUACUAGUCACCAACAUGACUCAAUACUAAUAUGCUUUAGAAAAACCCUGGAUUUGAGGUGACAUCUGUCCCAGGUACAUCACUUUAAAACAAAAUUCCCUCUUAGUUUUCAAGACCUUUUACAUGCUGUCUCUGAUUGACUUCUAGUAAAUUUGAAUUGUGAACAGUUCCAAAAUACAUGGUAGUGGUUUGUUCUCGUCAUCCCACGGCCUCUCCAACAGUCCAUCUGGCCCUCUGUAUGCUUCAGUGCUGGUUUUAUGAAGAAUCUUACAAGGUUUUUCCAGUUGAACUCUUGGCCUUAAUUUUUUUAACAUGCAAAGUAUCUUCAAAAACUUAAUCAAUAGAUAUCUUCAAACGUAUAGUGUAUUCUAUUUUUACAAACUGGGAAGAGAAUUGAAGCGACAACACAAAAGUCAACCACAGAGUGUUAUGUCUGUCUUAUUGAAAAGUAAAUCCAGGCAGCAGGGAGACAGAGAUGCAAGAAAAUAAGUCAUUGAAUGUUAAGUUUGUUUACUGAUGUGUGAGUGAACGCUGAUGAAGCAUGAGGGCACGUGAGAAAUGAAACCAGCUCCAGGCACCAAAUCCAUUCAGCACAGCGACCCUGUGGCAUCACUUCUCCAGGUUUUGUGACUGUGCGAGUGUUUGAGGCAGGGGGAAAGAGACAAGCUCGCUAAUUUAGCGAUGCCAACAAGCUGUUUUACAUUACAUGUUCCCCCAAAGCUACAGCCAUAACAGUGAAAUCUAUCGUGUCUAUAAAUUUAAUGGUAACAAGUUCUACAAUUUCCAAGUUUCUCGAAAUGACAACAACAGCGCUGCCGUGUCCUGCACUCAAAUGAUCCUGUUUACCAAGACGAAUUGAUUUUGCUCUGAGUCCUGGCUGAAAUGUGUUAUGCAUAUUGUUGUCACCUGGAAUAAGCUGCUUGAAUUUUUAUGAUGAAAAUUCCAGUGAAAUGGACCGACAACGCCUGUGACAGUCUGUCCCCCGAUUAAUGCUGCAUUAGGCUUUGCAAAACACCACUCUUUCCAAUCUAACUAGUGCAAACCAAUCAAUAAAGACAAUACCCACUUAGAACUCAGCAGCACUUUUGGAAAAUUUGCCCCUCAGCAGUGAGACAUUUCACAAAGUGUUCAAAGCCGAGCAUUUAAACAUGAAAAUAAAGAUGAAGAAGAGUCUACAGCCUGCAAAGGCUCUGUGAAGCUGCUCUCAAGUUGAACGGUGCCUUGAACUGAAAGCAAACACCAAACAUGCUGAUGUUAAACAUGCUCACUAACUUCAUUUAAUGAUUUAGUCUGUUUACAUUUCAGAGUUAGGGUUUAAAAAUACAAAGGGAUGCAAGAACUGGAGUCUCUUAUGGUUGCCUGACAAGAUUUCAGGUACAUAUUGCAAGGAAAUAAUCGAGCAGAUUACAGAUUACACCUAAAACAUGUUUUACUCUUUGGAUUGAUCAAAUGAUAAAGUGUAGAGGUGCUGAAAGGAAGGUGAAUUUAUUCUGAAAGAACCAAGCUAGCUGUUCCCCUUGAGGUUUUUGAGUCUGACUGAGUUAACAGACUAGCUGUUAGCUUCUGUAAAUACACAGGAUUAUUUUUUUUUUUAAUUAUCUCAUCUAACUAGUCUUUAAUAAGUAUUAAGUGAAAUUCAUGAGAUUUGUGCAUUUCCAUUUGAAAGAAGUUAUAGGUUUCCCUCAAUUCUCAUCUUUUGCUUUUCAGUAAUUCUAGUGGACCAGAACUUGUGCGUCUCGGUGUGCCUCUAUUUCUGUGAUGAGAGUUAUGUGAUAUUUUGCUAAGUGUGACCUUAUAAGUCCAGAAUUAAUUUCCCUAUUAGCAAGCAGAGCAAGCUUUCUUCUGCCUGCUUGCCCAGCCUGAGCGCCUACCCCUCACAAACCUGAGCGGUUCUCCCUCAAGCGUUAAUGUCAUUAGAGUUAUUCAUUUGACUCCUUCUUUAGUCUGAUUGAAUUAUUUAGCCUUUCUGUGAACGGCAAAGUUAAUACCAUGUGAUUUUAAUAAGCUGAGAGGUGACUGGGAGUCUCUGAGUGAAGGGGGACAAUGACUUUUAUUCUCUAAUGCCUCUCUCAUGAAUGUUUCAGAAAGAUCUGUGCAGCCAGGAGCAGGGUCAGCUAUCCCCCAACUAGAGAGGCUUCAUAGUUCAGCUGUAGCUAAAGGGAACUUGGAACCGGGGACUUGAAAUAGGAGACUGUAGUUUGCAUGUCUUGAAGUGACAAGACAACAACUUGCAGCAAACCCUUGCUCUCUCCCCGCCUCUUGUCACCAUCCACGCACCUGGUUGAUCCAGGUGGACGUUGUGGGCGGUGAGCUGGUGAAGUCAAGUUAAUGGCCCUGCCUUCUGAGAUCACUCUGUAAGCACUCCAGACAGGGAGCUUUGUUUUGCCAUCUGGCUCCAAUUGCGCUGACAAAAGCAGAGGUUCCUGCAUGAGACAAUGGAGCUGAAAUGAGCCCCACUUUAAUAAACCCAGGAUGAUGGGGAGCCACGUUUGUGUGUUAUCUUAAUGAGCUGUCCAAAGGAGAGCGUGCCUCCCUUUUCAAAGCCAGCCUGAUUCGAACAAUAACCAGUGAUAACUAGGGACCUGUGCCCAUUUAUUUGCAAUAGGGUUGGGUCUCUUUGUUGCCUUUAUAGCAGAGGCAAAUAAUGUUUAACAAACAGCAGAGCUCGAAUUUUGGAUUUAGCUGCAUCCCCUUUACACAUACACAUACACUGAAGGGCAAAGUGACACACACAUGUGCGCACACACACACAGAUAAAAGCACUUUGAUACACUAAUCUACAUCCACAUUUAGAGACGUGCGGUGUGUAUGCGUCGUGCUGGCUUCAUCCCUCACCUCCCCACCUCCUCUCUGAAAUGUGUUCAGUAAUCUGAGCAUGAUGUGCUGUUUAGAGGGGGCUGCAGUCACGCAAGUGCAGCUCCUCCUGUCAGAAGCUGGCUUUAGUUUGUGUGCACUAGCCCCUGUCUCCCUAAAUCCUGGACUCUAAGGAGUCAGGGCCUUAGCAACAAGGCACUGGAAGAGAGUGUUAGUCAGUGACCCAGUUCUUUCAUAGACAAAGAAUUGUCGAAAAGAACAAUUUGACACGCCCUCUGAAGAGGAAGCUCCAUGAGAAAAACGGUUUUAUUAACCCUCCUUAGCUGAAGCAAGGUCCUGUGAAGGUGGAAAGUUUGAGAAUUUCAGGCAUUAUAAAUCUGAUAGCAGAAGGAAGCUCCACCCUCCUUUGUCUUCCGCCUCCUUCAUGCCAAGGCCAGCUAUGAAAGAUGGAUAACAGUCUCUAAAAUCAUAUUAAAACCUAAAGCCCAGGAGCUCAUCACCUUAAAUGUUGUGUUGAUUUUAAGAAGCUUGCCAGGUUAAGGUGACUCUUGAGCAGUUAGACAGAAACAAGGACAGCUGUACCAGAGUCAAAGUCACCUCUGUGCUUAUUACAUCCCCUUCUGUCUUGUCUAUUGAGUUAUUCACAUAACAGUGAAAAUACAACCCCUGUAUGCAAGAGGAACAUAAUUUUCACCUUAUGUCUCUCAUGGGACGUUGAGUGUCGCAUGUUAUGUGCACCAAUAAACCAUUUAUAUUUUUCAGUGAGGGUUACAGCAGUAUAUCAUAUAAGAUUACACUUAUAUUCUUAAUUUUCUCUGCCUAUGUCCUCAAUCAUGUAUGCUUUAAGUUUGGUAAGGUGAAUUCAAAUUUAGAGGGCAAAUUCACAAAACAAACAAAAACUUUUAGCUUGGAUUUCAGGUGCUACUUUCUGUUUGUGUUUGUUUAAAUCAUUUAAAAUCCCCUUUUUAAAAGUUAAGUGAUCAUGUCCAAAUGAUUCAGUAGUGUCAUGUUGAGUUUUGGGGUCCUAUGAAACUACAUUUCCUCCAACAGACACUAAUUUUCUAACCACAGUAAAAAAAAUAUCUCUAUAUAUAAAUAUAUAAUGUUGGAUAUAAAUGAUAUACUGUGUUAUCAGAUUUGGAAACUAUUUUUAGGAUGGAAAUGUACCCAAGAUUUUUUGAAACCCUUAAUGUGAAUAACUUUUGAGUGUUUACGUGAAAUAUUUCCCGCGAUACCUUUAAAUAGUUUCAUUUCCAUAUCUACAGUGUUGAUUAACACAUAGACUCAGUUUAGGACACCAAUUAUGAAGUGUUACAGGCAGUUAAGCUUUAAAGUUAUACUAAUAAAAUGUUUGGAAAUUGGAUUCUUGAAAUACAUGGCAUCCCCAGACCAAGCCCUAUUAAAAAGUUGCAUGCAGCAUACUUAAAAAUAACCCAGUUUGACAGACCUGCAGGUCACUUACAUACCAUUCCACAGUUCAGAUUGAGUGGGCCUUGGAAAACAGCCUCAGGCGGCUCUGCUUGACAUGCCCUCCCUCUCUCACUGGCAUCACAUACUCAGCCACUGGGCUCUCCCAGCGGUCACACAUUACUGACUAAAGAUAUGUAAAUAGAACAUUCAUGUUGCCUUCAUUAUUAGAUGUGGGUCACAGGACAACUUCAAGAGUGCUAAUUAAAAGAGCUCCCUGCACAACAUUGCUUCAUAGUUGCAAACACAUUAUUCAAGCACCGCACUCAUGUUCCUUGCUGUUUCAGCAGUGCGCAGUAAGCUACAUGUUUACUACUGAGUUUUCUCCAAGGGUGAACACUGAGAGAUGCUGUUUUGCUGUUAUAGGCCAAUUAAGAUUGGUUGGGUAAUAAUGGGAAUUAUAAACCUCCUUGCACAUGAAUCAUAUAGAUUUCACAUAGCACAGUUUUCUAUAAUUAUGUACAAAUGAAUAUUUUCUGUGUAGCUAAUCUCCUCUUUUCUUCUCUCAAGAAGAAACAGUGUUAUACAAAAGGAGUUGCUUAGAAACCUCUUUUUUUUUCUUGCUUUCAAUCUGCCUUUGCCUUGAUUUUAGGAUGGAUUUCAUAGAACAUGUGCAGCACACUGAGGUACUUUUGCAACCUCCCAGAGGUUAUCUGCUGGCCCGUGAGGAAAAGGCCACCUGAUCAUUGUCAGAAGAGAUAGAAGACAAAUAGCAGCUCCUAAAUCAUUUGGAAUAAUGAGUGCUGUCACCGUUAAUAAAAGCAGUCAAACCACUCCGCGCAUCCCAACAACGAUCCAGUCCCGCUGCUGCCUAGGUUUUGCAUAAUUGACAAACGAAAUUGUAUAUAGAGUGGUAUUGUGAGAGGACGGGGGUACAGGGGUUCACAAGUGAAGGCAAUCCUUUUUCUUGGGAUGAAUCCUUCUGUAAAGACACCAUUUACAUCCUCCUGCCAUCCAAGCCCCCCCAUUCCCCCCUCUGUCAUGUAAUCUCCGCUCCUCUGACAGCACAGCCAAGGCCCGGUGGGAGAGUGCCUAUCCAUCUCACUACCCCAAUCUGCCUCCCCUGUUUGGUUCCACAUGAGCACUCAGCUGCUGUGACUAAUUAAAUAAAGCGCUGUGCCCUCUGCUUCCUGUUAGCCAUGGCAAGGUUGGUGCACAGAGAUGGAGCGGAGUCGGAGGAGGAAGAGGAGGAGGGGUGCUAAAGGAGUGAGGGGAAGCGAUAACAACAACCAAGGCUGUAAUGAUGCUUUUUCAUGACACAAUAGACAUGAAAGUUAUAUUGAUGCUGACAUGAUCCCAUUUUACAGUCGUUGUAUCUCUCACACAGCUUUAAAUAAUACAGUAUUUGGAGCUCAAGUAUUCAUGACUGUUUGUUUUUUUUUUUUCAGCCAUGACACUGCUGAAAAGCUAAGGCCAGGAGAUUCAAGGUGAGUGUGUGCAAUUUUUAUGUGUCUUUACAUCCACCUUUGUAUUUGAGUGUCGCUCAGGUGUCACUUUUUUUUCCCCCCUUAUCACAACUGCCAUAUACUCUCAGCAGCAUUGCUCUAGAGGACACAGUGUCUCCAGAGGCUCUGGGUAAGUGCUGCUGUAAUGAGGCUAGGCUGCAUUGAUUUAGCAGACAGUCAGGAAUAUAAAGUUUUAACAUUUUGAUUUUUGGAACAACAGGGUCACUGUCUGCUCUGACUAAUCCAUUUUGUUUUAUCUUGCAUGUAAACAAAAAAUAUCAUUCCCUGCUGCAAGAGCGGCACUGAAACCUUUACUGUGCGAUUGCCCUCCUUGUUUUCUAAAUCUGUGCAUAUUCACUGCCAUCCUCAUGAAGUUUUCAAUCUGCCAACUUUAGUUCGUGAUGAGCUGCAGCAGCAGACCAUUCUGGUGUUACAAUGAGGGCCUUACAUAAUAAGGUUAAUAGCACCCUUCUGCUACAUUUAGGCAAUGUGUCACUGCUUUUCUGUGGAUGCUUGGCCAGUCAUGAAUAUUACAUGUAUAUUUCAGCAAACCCCAUUAAAAAAUACCCUGUAGACAGGAGGCAAAGAAAGUCUCUGCCUGAGAUUAUUCCACAUUUGGGAACUGAUUUCAUACACAGCACAUACAGUACAUAUGGGAUACUGUAUUGUGAGUGAAUGAAUAUGCUAAAAAGAAGCCUUAUAGACUGAGUAAGACCCUGACAUAAAGCACAACCACCUGCUCAUAAUACGUUACCCUGCUUGUAACUAAGAAACAAACAAAACACUUGACACAGAAUAUAAAUGUAAACAUGACUUUAUUGAUUUACAAAUGAUUUUCUACACCUAAAAUACUGUCGCUCUGAUACCAUGGUUGGUAGCACUUAUGUGGCAGCAGGUUGUUAUCUGCCUCUUUGCGGUUCACAUUAACAUUAAAAUGACAUCAGCCUGCUCAUUUGCAAUUCAUGUCUGACCGAACGUUCCCCUCAUACAUAACAUUAGACAAAGAGAAAGAGACUACUACAGAGAUAUUUAUGUUGACAUUUCUGUUCCCCUCAGCUCUCUUACUUCUUUAGUAUUUGCAGAUGACAUACCUUUAGACAUAAAUGAUACAGAUAUCACAACUUUCAAUUGAAUUUAAGGUAAACAUUAGACACACGAAUCAAGCUGCUUUAGCGUGGUCAGCAACUGUGAGAGAAAUUCAACAGGUCUGCUGCCGUUGUCUGGAUUGCAGGACAGGAUCUUGCUCUUUGAAAAUCAACCACUAUUGUGAUGGGUUUUUACUAAACAGGAUGAAGAAUAUAAUACAGCUAAGUAAUAAGUAUUGACAGUCAGAAGGAGUACAAUAAGAUUAGAUAUAUGCACUGUAUGACAUUUUGCUCAACAGUAGCAACAUCUACAGGUAAUAUUAGCUUAUAUAGAAAGACACACUCUUCAGGAUUCUGGGAUAGAAUAUGCCUUUCAAAGUCUGUAUAUUGUGUUUUUCAGUACCAUGGACAGCUCCACUUGUAACACGACAGAGGGAGGUUGUUGAAGAGGGGACAAAGAGCUAAACUGAAAGAGACUUUAAAAUUACUUAAUUUUUUGGAUUCAUGUCUUUAACAGGUUUUAUCUGUGUUGGAUGUGUAAAUUGUUUUAAAUAGAGAAUACAUAGUGGGAAUGAAAUGUGCCAGUGCUGUAGCCUUUUCACUAUAUUGGGGGUCUGAUUUGAAUACAUUCUGAAUACUCUUAACAAUAUAACUGAGCAGUUUGAUAAGUUGAUGAUCCACUAAGAAAAAGUAUGGCAGCUGGACAUAGUCGUGUAAAUGGGGAAAUGAAAAGUCCAAAAUGAUAGGAUUAGAUAGGAAGACUGAAGCACAGGAGGUCACUUAAGGAUACACAGUACACUACCGAUGGAAGCAUCACUGACAUUCCAAACCAAGGGUAUUAAUCCUGUUCUACUGCAGCUUGCUGUCUCUGUUGCCUCCUGCUGGGUGCAAGAAAAGGUAGAGGUGGGCAAUUUGCUGCUGUGUGGAUUGACUCUGUCAUGAGUGUCUCCGGGCUGGGGGAGACUGUUCAGUUCUCCCUCUUUUGGAGGCUAUUAACUCCCAAUUUCCUGACCAAAUUAUGUCCAGAAGCUCUUUUUUUUUAACCUAACUUUUUACUUUGACCUAUACUUAAACUUUUUUUUAGGGCUGCCAGUUAAAUUGCAUUUUGAGGAUUGUCACCUGGCCAUCAUUCUUGUGUUGACCUUUCUUUUUCAUGGCAAAAACAGUUUCUCUUGACUUUGUUGGAAUGUUAGAAAACCCGUUUUUCUCAGAGGGGAUGCAUGGAAGUGUAUUUUACCUCACUCAUAUUGUCAGACUGAUUGUUGAUGGCAUGGCUAUAUAACCUUAUUUUUUGUAGUGACUCCACUGCAAUAGCAGGCUGACCUAGACCUAGAGCAGCAGCAGUAAUACAGUGGCAGACAGGCGAGCAUUUCCGAUCUUGAUGGGGGCUGGAGUGCUGGCAGAGGCCCUUGGGGAGAGGAAUGGCACAAUCCCAGCAAUGGCCCCAUAUUCACUCAAGCAUGGCCGGUCUGUGUCAGGUGCUUUAUCCCUUGCUGGACGGAGGUUGCGCACCCCUACAGGUCAGGAAAGCCCAAAAGCUCGGAGCUAUUUUGAGGAUGUUUUGGAGCAAAGCUUCUUUUUUUUUUCUGAUGUGUAAUUUAUCUUUUUUUCUUUCAGUGUAGAUGCUGUGAUAUUUGAUGCUGAUUUGAUGCCUUUAAGAGACAUUUUGGAGACACUUCAUCAAUUUUGAUUUGUCAGAUAUUGGAGAUUUUUGGUCCCUGUGGAGCUGGAGUGAUAACAGGAUGGUGCAGAUAGUCUGUCUUUUGUCAGGAGGAGAUGGAUACCGUUGUUUAUAAAUUUAGAAAAUAGUUAGUGAGUAUCUCCUGCUGUUUGGGACAGUGUCCAAUGAAUAUGACUCAUAAGGUAAACCUGCAUUAUUACAACACACAUGCUUAGACUCAACAGAGUCCUAGGGGCUGAACAGGUUUAAUAUGAUGUGUGUAUUUGAUGUCCUUGUCUGUACAUUUGUUUGUACAGUACCUGCUGUGGGAAGGUAGGGGAGAACAAACUGCUUUACACCGUCCAUGAGUCACAGCUCACUAAUAUCUCACCUCACAUGAGCACUGAGUAUGAGCCGAGACUUUAUCUGUUCUUCGCUGCACCCUUAACUCUUACUUAAAUAACCAGCUGUUCUGUGUCAGUUGUAUGAAUACUUUUAUCACAAGGUUGGACACUUACAGCUUGCUUUUAUUACACUCUGAUUGGUCUUUGCCAUAAAGCCGCAGCGUGCAGGCUGAGUAGUAGAUGAUAGAAGGUCAUUUCCUGUAACUAGCCAAAAAAAAAGUCUGGCCAAGGAGGAGUUAAAUCGAGGAUGUUUAUUGUUACUGUAGCAUCCAUUGACCUUCACUGUGAUUGUUAACGUGAGGUAAUAUCCUGCAAGCAAGCCCCCAGACCUCCCUGCUGCUGAAUCAUCCUGGAUCAAUUAUUCUAAUAUUUGUGUGGCAGUUUAGCUAUCGAUUAAUGCAUUUAUGCAGAGUGCAGCAUAUCUUAUUUAAUAAAGCCAAGCACUGCAUUUAAUUAAGCUGUUUUCGAGUCAGGAGGCACUUUGUUUUCAUAAACCUGGGCCUUAUCAAUACACGUGUUCAUUUGUGACCUGCUCCACCUUUAGUAUGUCAUUACUCGCAGCAGUGCACUGAUAUUAUAGUAAAUGGCUAUUUGAAGCUCAUUCAAUACUUUGUUUACUGUGCUCACCGCUAUGUUACCGUCUGUACAGUCUUAGACUCAAGGUGUGAUCGCAUAAAUACAGCGUGAAGAUCAACAAGUAGGCGACAGCAGAAGUAGAAUUUGAAUUUGUUAAUUUCUUGUCGUCUGUUUUGUUUUUACUCAGCAUUUUUGUAUUAAAGGAAAACUUUGGUUUUGCCUUUUUUUAUGAUGAAUUGCAGAAAUAUCUCCCAGUACAAUACUCCUGUCAAAAAUGUGGAUCAAGGUUCACAAUCUACGUUGUCUUCACGCAUAAUUAAACCAUUAUACAGACCGCCCUGUCUGACAGCUACAAUAACAUGAUACCAUGCUUCAGAGGACCGAGUGAGUCAACUAGUUAUUUCACAAAGUUUUCCUCUUUCUUGUCUUUGUCUUGAGACGGUUGCAUAAGCACAGUGUUUGAAUAAUGCUGGUUCAAGCAACACUUGAAUAAAAAAUGCUGAAUAUCAGUGUUAUUGUUCUUUGGGCACUGAAGUUAAUGCAUUCCAUCACAAAACUGACUCAUCUGACCUAAAAAGAAUAUUAUCUACAAAGAACAUUGUCUAGAGACACAGUACGAUUUCCAAGUGAAAUAUUUUGUAUUCCAUUCUUAGACCUGUGGUCAUAAUCUGCAGUGAUUUUUUUUUAAGACUUUUUUUUUCUUUAUAGCUGUAAAGGGUCAGCAAGGAAUUGUUUUGGCAGGACUUUAGCCUAGCAGGAGAUAGCUAUAAAUGAGGUAUGAAUACAUUUUCAAAGCCCAACAUGAAGAGAAUAAAGAAAUCUCAGGGAGCAGCAGGGACAGACCUAGUCACCCACCUUAACGCUUUAAUGAAUUCCAAUGAGUGCUGAUUACAUUUGAUAAUAGAUUGGCACUAUAUGUGUAAUUAUUGCCACGUAAUGGCCUUCUCCUUAGCUCCACUGCAGAGUUGUGAAAUAUUUACUUAAUCCCCACCCUCAUUAUCACUUUAACUCUGGUCCGCCAUGCCCAGAAUUGAUCCUACUGAUAUGCAUUUUUUUUGCAGAAAUAGCUCCAGGUUUACUCUCUUGCAGAUUUACAAGUAACAUUACAGUGGGGGGUUUAAAAAGGGGGUGAAAUAGGGUGAGAUUUCAAAGAGGAACAUUGCUCUGUCUACCAGAUAUGCGAGGUGGGGGUGUUCUCUGAUGAUUGGAACAGAAAUUUUAUGUUUGAGAAGAGAGGAGUGAAGCAUCAGGAGAGACAGAGGGGGCCUCCUGCAGUACCUCUCUGCUAUAUGUGGCAGGUGAGGCUCGGCAGACGCUGAUGAUGUCAGACAGGACACUUACGUUGGACUCUCUCCAGGGAGAUGUCUUGAAGUGGAGUUUGACUCACCAUUCCAGUAUCUCUGAUCUCUGCAUUAUUUAUGUUUUUGUCUCAGCCAUUUAUCAGCAUUUUUAUACCUCACAGCCUCAUUCUACAGUACAUCUCUGGUGAUGGAAUAGGCUGCAGCAAUGAUAGCCUCUGAGGGAAGCCAAUAACUGAAUAUAGUGGCUCUUAUUGAUAUCAGAAAAGUGUGGAAUGGACAAGUGUGCUGCAUGGCAGUCUCUGCAUACUGUUGAAAACCUUGGCAAACAUCCGAUCGCAUCAAAAUUGUGCUUUGAAAAAUAGAAUAUAACAAGGAAAAUGCUGUGCUGGCUCCACUUUACCUCUAUAUAAAUUUUUUAGGACACAAAACUGGUACCGUGUGUGCUGUGGUUGCACAGCAACUGAAUCACUGAUCAAUGACAGCUAAUGAACACGGCAGGAGUUCUGCUCUGUUUGCCUCUCGACAGAGAGCUGCCUUCUCCAGAGAGCUCCUUCUCUUCUCCUGUUUUUGCCAGAAAAGCACAGGAGCCUUCAUUGAAACCAACUGCCUCUGGGCUCAAUUAACUACCAUAGAGCUCUCAUAAUGCAGAUGAGAGACUGUGUAUAAGAUCAGCGGCAUGGUGAUGUUGGAAAUCACACACAAACGGAAGUGCAUGCUCAAAUUCAGACAACUGGGACAUUAUAAUCCUAAGAUAUGCAAUAACUGAAUAGAUGAUGAAAAAGCUCCAUUAAGAGGGAAUUAAGAAGUAAAAUAAUAUAUUCAAUUCAUCAAUGCUGUAAUGAGAAUUGACAUUAUCGACACGCACAAGCAUGAAUUCUCCGGGGCUACUUCAUGAGGCUCCGAGCACCACAAUAUGAAAGUCUGAUCGACUGAUGAAAGUGGAUAAACAAAGUAAAGAGGCUACUCUAGAUUCAUAUUCACAUGAAAAUCUCUAUUAGGAUGUUUAAUUCAUGUGGACCCAAGCACACCUCUGCUCUGAGUUUGGGCCCCCAGCAAUGGCCUCUGUCAAAACAGUGUCAUCACUUUACAUCUCAUACUCAGACCAAUCACUUUCAGGGUUCCUACCUGCCCGGCAUGUCUUACAAAACAAAAAAACUCAUCUUAACGGUCAUCAAAUAAAAUGAUGUGGGCUGGAUUGGCAGCAGGAUGUUGGAGGCAUUCUGGUGCAUUGGGAGUUUUCCAUCCACAGCCACCAUCCAUCAAUGCAUGUGAUAAAGGUUUAGGUCACAGGAGAAGCCUUUGUAAAUGGAUCCCAGCCUCUUGUUCACAAAGACCACUUAUCAAAGAGAAUAUGCACAGUACUGGAGAAUUUACAGAUGGCACAAACCUAAAUACUGAACAGCCCCCCCACCGUGGUGACAAUAUGCUAAACAUAUUUCCUACUGAAUAGUGAGGAGUGGGUUUUGUUUGUAUCUUUCUGAAGUAAACACAUUGAGAAGCAGCACGUGCACAAAUAGAGGAAAAGAAACCUGCGCGAUACUGAAUGCUAACUAAUUGCUCCAGGCUUUUUGGUUUUUCCUCCCAUCAACAGAGUGAAUUUACUAAUGAGCUAUGGAAGAACUUUAUCAAACAAGCAAAAUAAAUCAUUAAAAAUCAAGAGCUGUGGAGACACUUCAGGUUUUUUUGUCUUCUAAAUGAAGUUCACGCGUUGCUUGUUGUGUUUUUUUUUGCACACAGCAAUGCUGUAAAUAACAGUGCAUUACAAUUUGACCUUUAUUUCACAAAUUCUAAUUAAACUCUGAUCUUUAAUUUUCUAAUGAUGGGCAUUAUCUCAAAUUACCUGAGUAACCAGCUCUCUUUGUAUCCCUAACAGCUGUCGGCAUAUAAAAUGCCCCUAAAAUGGGAAGUAGAGUUUGGUUGUGAAUCCACAGCUAAGUCGUGCGUCGACCUCUGUGCAUACCUAAAGAGUGCAACCAAGGCUAAAAGUACUAUCAUUGAUGAAAACAGGUCACAGUCUUUCAGCCAAUCCUGUGUCUGCACAGUUCAGCUGAUAGGGUGACAGUCACCUUCAUGCAGCAUCAGUCACCAGCACAAGUGGAAGACAGUAGCUCAGGAGGGACGUCCUCCCGUGACUCUUAAUAUUCAUCCAGACGAACGUACUGGGAAGAUAAGUGUUAGAGGAUAAAUAGUUGACUCGCCUUUUGAAAUUGCAGACAUCCCGGUGUGAGCGCUGAAUAAAUUGUGACUCUUUCUUCUCCCUUCCUUCUACUUUUCUCCUGAGAUUGAGUCACCUCACCUUCAGGGUUUACACCGGGAGUCUCUUCAAAUGAUCCUUUAGACUGGAGUGAAGGAUCAAGAUUAAUGCACCUCCAUGUCCCACCCAGGCUCCAGGGGGAAAAAAAUCCUAUAAUUAACACCAGGGGGGUUGUAGGCUGCUUUUGGAGGUCAAGGGUGGGGUACCUUUACCAUGGAAGAAGAGUUUACCAAGGUGUGGGAUUUUUUUUGUGUGAAAUGUUGCACCAGCUUCUGGAUAACAGGUCACUGAGUGGCCCGCUCAACACUGGGGAUCAUUAGAAAAGUGGAGGAACCUAUAUACUGCUGCAUUAUUGGAUCUCACAUGCUCUCUUUUCAAAAACUUGAUCAAUUUUGAAAACUUAAGAGACCCCAAUGAUGACUGAUUGUUUCUAUAGCGUGUGGUGUGCCACAGUACUUUAAACAAAGUAUAACAUAUGUAAAAACACUUUUUAACAGCAGCUGAAGUAAGAAAUAAAAGUUCGCUUGUCAAAGAUGAUUAGAGAGUAAGUCAUGUUAGACACACACACACACAGAUAAGGAUUUCUGAUCCUAAAUACCAAACAUGUUUAAUAUUUAGGAUUUGGGGUCAGAGCAACUCUCAUCAUCUUCUGUGUAGAUCAGAGGGAAGAAAAAUCCUCCUUAGUUCACUUCACACCACAGAAUAAUCUGGAAAGAUAAUCUUUGGAACCAUCCGAUAACCGGGCCUGUCCUGACUUUUGUUUGACAGAGGGGAUCUCGCCCACAAUCAGCACAAUUAUCUUCUAGUGUGUACCCCGCUUCAGGUAGCUGACCGACAGCAGAAAAUCUAAACUUCUGUAUAGUUAUUAUCUGGCCCACUCUGCUCAACAUUUGUGAAAAAUACGAAUAAAGUCAGAGAUAACAGAGAGCGAAUGGGUGGAUAUGCAAAUUAGGGUCCCACAGACAGAGAGACAAGGUGAGCAGGGCCCCAUGGAGCGGAGGGGUGUUACCUUUAGCCUGCAGGGUAAACUGAAAUUAAGAUUAAACAAAGCAUUUUAAUUCAAGGUUAAAUCAAAACAUUAGCCUGCUUAUUUGUCAUAACUCACAUCGAACUGAACAUUACCAUGAAACAUCACCAAGGUAAUUUCACCAAGGUGAGAACAAAUUCAAGUUCAAGACUCCUUCAUUUACAUGAAUGGUAACAACCACUGUUGCCAAAGCAAAUUAUCUCAAACUUUUAAUGACUGUUAAACUCAAAUACAAAAAACAACCUGUUACAGAUAUUUAUGUUGACAUCUUUGUCCCUGUUUAUCUCUCUUUCUUCUUAGAGCUGCACCUUCAUACAUCAGUUUGACGGAUGUCUCAAAGUAAUUGUUGUUGCUAUUAUCACCACUGCAGAUGAGUUUAAAAAGUGCUGGAAGCCUUUUACGUGGAUGAAUUUGAUAUGACAUGUGUUCAAGUUGUCACUUUUGUUGUUGAGAAAAAAAAAUGUUGUUAUGGGAUAUUGACCAAUCAAAAUGAAGUAUUUAACACAGGCUGGUGAUAAGUACGAAAGCCCACGCAGGUGAAAUCAGAAAUCUGUUGGUCUGUAUCUCAACUUUUAAAGCUGUCAUUUGCGAGACUGAGUGUCUCAUUUAGAAAAAAAGUGUUUGUUUGCAGGCUGUGCAUGCUCAUUAAAAUACGAUAAAAGCAUUACACCCCUCUUUAAAUGUCACUUCAGGUCUAACACUGGUAGAUACAUCCACAGUAAGGAAAUUAGUGCUAAUUAACUUAAUAGUAAGGAGAAUGUUGACUGCAGCACAUCAUUUUUAUACAACCUCCCCUUGUUUAUCAAAACUGAGAUUCAAAUGAAAGAUAACUUUUGCACAGCAUGGACUUUGCUGCCUGACAAAAACAGUUGUCCUGAAUUGUGCAUGUGUUUCAGUUUUUAAUAUUCUUGCAAGAGCACAACACUAAAUAAGAAAUUUCUGAGAGCUGUGAGCUUUGUAAUGUACAUACAGCCCACAGUGAAAGAUCACAGCAGUGCUGAAACAUGCUGCUGUUACAACAUGAAACGUGCUGAGAUAGGGUCAGAAAUUAUGGUAACACUUUAUUUGAUGCACUAAAACGCAUUAUAAAUAUAUGUAUAAUGUGUUAUAAUCAUGUUAUAGCCCUGUAUAACUACAGUUAUAAACGCUCAUAAAUGAUCAUAAUGCUUUAAAGCAAUAUUCAUAAUGUGUUAUAACUGUUAACAACUCACUGACAAUGCCCACAUAGAUAAUGCAAUGCAACUGUUGUAAACAGUUAUAACACAUAAUACCUGACCUUGUAAGUCAUGAUAAAAUGCUUUAUAAUGUGUUUUGAUUACUGCUUUAAAGCAUUAUGAUCAUUUAUGAGUGUUUAUAACUACAGUUAUACAGUACUAUAACAUGAUUAUAACGCAUUAUACAUAUAUUUAUAACGGGUAAUAGAGAUAAUAGAGAUAAUAGAGAUACUUGUCAAAUAAAGUGUUACCAAAAUUAUAAUAAUGACCUGAAAGGGUCUUUAAUGCACAUUUUAACAGGGUUUAGAAUCAGAAUCAGAAUGACUUUAUUGAUUCCAAACUGGGAAAUUAUUGUGUUUCAGCACCAUUGUACAAGUGAGCCAGAACAAUGUAAUAUAAGAAUGUAAAAAAGACACCUAGUAAGAAAUUACCUAAAUAUAAAAAUAUAACAAUACAUACAUCAAAGAUUUCCUUUAUACUUUCUUUACAGAAUACUGACUUUAAUUUGUAGGCUUAAAGACACAAAUGUUUUUGUGUCCCUCUAAUGGGACUGGAGGAUUUCUCCUUUUGUUGCUUGACUCCAUCACAUGUCACAUGGUUUGUGAAGCAAUAGUGAUUAGUGCACUGUCAUCAGUAAAUGUAUAACAUUUGUAUCUGAUCUGGGUGCCGUAGUCAUCCAUUUAUCGCUCCCUAUUUGAGAUAUUUUCAUCUUGGUUUAUCAGCCAAACUACGCAAAGACUUGAUGUUAUUUCAAAAGGAGAUAUGUGUAGGGCUUUAGCUGAAGCAGCAUCUUCCUGGAGGUUGUUAGCAUAGGUUUGCUCAAGCCUCAAAUAUUUUCUGCAAAGCCACAAAUCUGCAGUGUUCACUAGUGUGUCAUAUUUGGCUGUGAGUCAGACUUCACUGCGACGGCGAUUCCAUCUUUAUUCAUUUUGAUCAUCAGCUUUAAGUUAGUUAUGGCAAUUUCCUGUGUCACUUUUGUUUAUGCGACUGGCUUGAUUUAGGAAGAUGGGGCUGGAGGAAGAGAAAGACAAUAAAAUACUUAACCUAUUUUGCUGCGCACUUACACACAGUUAACUUGAAGGUUAUGUAUUUACACGCUUGGUUACGCCUUAUAAUAACAGCCUCUUCCAUUUCUUCCCACGCUGAUGAUACUAACUGCUAUUUAAAUAUAUCCCACAACCCACCAUUUUGUGUCCUGCAGUUCCCAGGGGAUCAUACGUCCGAUGCAGCCCAUUACUGUCUAUUGAAUGUUAUAAAUGCAUCCAUAAAAGAUCUGUCCCCACUACAAGCAGUAUGCAUUAUGCUCUAUAAUUAUUCAUCCUUGCACCGAGAAAUUGUCAUGGUGUUUUUGAUCAUCUGGUAAUGAUCUUAAGUAUCACCAAGGUUUCGCUGCUUCCUCAUUAUCCUGAAUACCUCUCCAAGGUUAUUCCCAAACAUUUGCUUUCAUUUCACUAUCCCUGGUGUUUAUCUUUGAUAUGUGCUCUGAUUAUUUUUUGUUUUGCUGUGUCAAAAAAUAGCAGGCCUGCUGUUUUAUUGUAGUUUUGAUGUUUCAGGAAUACAGAUUUUUUUUUUUUUAAAGGCAGGCAGGUUACAGGCAGAGAGAAAUAGAGGAUGGCACUCACAUUUGGAUGUAAAUGAGGAAAGAAAUGGGCACAGUGUAGAUUUCCAAUCGUUCAUUGGAUUGAAUCCACUGUGCCGCUGUGUCUUUCACGUGAACAAUCUCUUAGAGCCGGGCUAAAUUAGUGUUCAAUCUCGUGUACCUGCUGUAAAUGAAUCUGUCCAUCAGCCUUGUGUCUGAGGUGCUGGAGUGGAGGAACGGUUCAGCACUGACACGGCUGCUUUGGAUUCCCGGGGAGAUUGUAAGACGUGGUUAUGUUAAACGUUAAAGUUUGAGUGAACUUUUUUGAUUUUCAAAGUUCAGAAACCCUGUUACCUCGAUUACUUUUUUAACAGACUGGUCUUUUUUUUCUUUUUUUUUUUUGGUAUUUGGAAAAUUACACCUAUUGUACUGUAGAUGCUCAUCUAUCUGUUUAACUCUACCUCUGACCUCUAGACUCAACUGCAUAACUCCUAUUUAAAACACGGGUGCUCAGACCUCCCAGGGCACCUAAGGACAGGUUUAAAUAUGAUGAGAAAAUGCAUGUGUGAAAAUUGUGUCGUAUUCAUUUGGCUGAUGGAUGAGUCGCCAAGUUGAAUUACCCUCUGACAUGGAGAAAAUGGGAGCCAGACAAUGUAGCGCAGCUCCGUAAAAUAGAUAUUCUUAUUUGAGGGACCGUUUAUGAAGAAACCUAUCACAAAGAGUGGCAGGUUUUAUUUCUGUUCCAGACUUCUCCUGUUUUUUUUUUUUUUACUUUUACCCAUGCAUCAAGGACUUCAUGUUGAGUUUAUCCACAUCACAGCAGCCUGUCAUGUUUUAAAAUAUAAUAAAAGAGAUGAUAAUGAGCAUCAAUUAAAAGGGAAGACAAGCUGCUCUCCGACAGAACUAUUUCUGUAUUUCCUGUGAUGAAAUAUUAGGACAGACACUCUGAGAGCUUCAAACAUUGAGUGCUCUCAGUCAAAGUUAGGCUUAAUCUAAUGUAGCUUCCUGACAGCUAGAAACAGUACAGCUGAGGUCUUAAUGGAACACAGAGCAUGAGCAGAAGUCCCACUGAUAUGAGGCAGAGAUUAUCAGCUCCUCUCAGGGUAUUUACGGUGGAUAUCUCACCAGGAAACAGGAAUUAAAAGAUCCAUCCUAAGUCCGCUGUUUUCAUUAAGAAGUCCAGUUGCCUGCAGAUAUAGCUGACUGACUUGAAUAAUGUAUCUAAAAACUCAACCUCCGAGCGUAUAGCCAACUAUUUUGCCUUUAAAGGCUUCAAGUAGGAGAGCUUCAUGUGUGACAUAAUUAAAUUCCACCCGAGUUAAUUCAAACUGUUUAAUGAUGCAGGGAGAACAAUUUCUUUCGCUGUGCUAGCAGUGGGGUGGUCCAUAGGGGCUGCGAGUGAGGAGAGGCAUUAGAAGUUCACUUGUGAUACAGAGAGGAGGAUGACUAGAUGAAGAGAGACUUGAAGGUUGUAGCAUCCUUGGAAACACAGCAUCCUGUUUGGUUGAAUGUUUAUUUAAUAAUGCAAAACUAGCUGUUUUUUCUGUUGUUUUCUCCACUUUUUUUAAACUUUUGACAGCUUAAUUUGUCUUUGCCGCUGAUAAAGAGUGUUGGGAGUUAUUAGAAGUAUGCAUUUAAGGCCUUUUCUUACCUCUGCUUUGCUUUAGUGAUUGGGUUAGCUUUUAUCCUGACCAGCCUGCAGAGUUUCAUUAUUUCUCAAAGCUAAUAACCUCUCCCACUGUGCUCACCCUGACAUGAUACACAUUGUGUUUUUGUGUCUUUUUUCCAGGAGCCAGGGCCAGGCAGCAGGUAGAAGAUGAGUCUGGCGCGUAUAAUCCCACUCCACCUAUCCAUCAACCUGGAGACUAUUUCCAGCAUCCCCCUACAGAAUGUCAAAGCCUCGCUGAGCGGAAGAUGAGUCCAUCAUCUCCUUUCUAAGACUUUCCCUCGAGUUUCCAUCAAGAACACAUAAACACAUCAUGUGCCAUUAUGUCCUAUCGCCCUCCCUCCCUCACUCUCCUUUUUUUUUUAAGUCAAUGGAAAGGAGGAGGGGGCAGCGGCAGUGAGUGAAUGCAGUUGAGUGCGGUAUGCAAAAGAGGAGCUGUGUUUGAAACCUACAGGAUGUGACAGGAUCCUUUCACUGUCGCUGACAUCACUCUGCAUGGGUUGUGAUGGGGCGUGUACCAGAGAUCUCCUGUCUAAUAGGAAGUGAGACACUUAAAGAGAUGACCCUGCCUCAGCCGCCAUCACUGUCUCUCUACGAGUGGGAGAGAGAGGAAGCCUGGCUCUCCCAUUACUCCCGCACUUGCUAAUUAGCGUCUGUCAGUGGAGUAACUUGUACCUGUCAGUGUGUGCUGCUCUCCUAUAUUCACUAACUUGAGGGGAUUGAAAUUGAAUGCCAGCUAAGCUCCAACAAACUGCAAAUUGUGCAUGGGAUACACCCUGAUUUCCUUCCUGACCUGACAGCCUUAUAUGUAAGAAAUUGUUUUUAAUGAACGAGGACUAUCUCUGCUCUUUUUCUUUUUUUUUUUUACUCCUCGUGUGGGAUGUUGUAUCUCUUCAUGCUCGGGGCUGUACAGGUUGUUUUAUUGCUUUCUUUUUUAAGGUACCGGAACAAAUCCCUGUGCCAUAUGUCCAUGUAUGAAUGCCAAAGUCACAUAACCCGGUGCCAAUUUACAUUAAAGAGACAUGGAGAAACUG